GUCAUCAGCACUCUGACAUCUCUGGACCGGGAACAGAAUUUUGAGCACAGUGUCGAGGUGAGAGAUUGAGACACCUGCUUGUGAUUAAACAUGUGCAUUUUUUAUGAGAUCGUUAAAAAGGCCAGAAAUGAGAGUUUAAACUAGUCUAUAAAAGAUCCACAACGUGUGUAGUCUUGUGAAUAUGUGAUUUAUAAUACAUACAACUUUUUUAUUUCAUUUAAGUCUCUAUCAGUCCCCCAUAUCCUGCUGUUAGACUAACCCCUCUUCCUCCAUAUCCUACAGUUAGACUAACCCCUCUUCCUUCAUAUCCUUUUGUUAGACUAACCCCUCUUCCUCCAUAUCCUACAGUUAGACUAACCCCUCUUCCUCCAUAUCCUGCUGUUAGACUAACCCAUCUUCCCCCUCUUCUCCUCUCAGGUGAUAGUGUCAGACAACGGAGCCCCUGCUCUCCGCUCCACUUCUAUAGUGAUCAUCCAGGUGCUGGAUGAGAAUGACAACAGACCCCAGUUCAACCACAAGCUCUUCCAGGUCUGCUUCUGUUGGCUCUUUGGGGUUUCGGGUCAGCGUCUCAAAUGUCAUCCUUUUUCCUACAUAGGCUGCGUUUAUACAGGCAGCCCAAUUCUGAUAUUUUUCCACUCAUUUAUCUUUUGACCAAUAACAUCAGAUCUUUUAACAUCAGAUAUUUUUCAGAGAUGAUAUGAUUGGUGAAAAGACCAAUUAGUGAAAAAAAAUAUAUAUAUAUAUAUAUAUAUAUAUAUAUAUAUAUGAAUUGGGCUGCCUGUCUAAAUGCAGCCAUUGUGCACUAUUUUUGGCUGGGACGAUAUCUGGUUAAAAAUACUGCACUACUUAGGGAAUAUGAUGCCAUUCAGCCCCAUUCAGCCCCACUUACUAUUAAAGCACUUUGUGACAACUGCUGACGUAAUAAAGGGCUUUUAUAAAUAAAUGUGACUGAUUGAUUCAUUGAUUGGUUCCAGGUAAAACUACCUGAGCAACACAGGGGUCAGGGGUCAGAGCCACAGGUGGAGGUGUGCCGGAUGGUUGCCCAGGACAACGAUGUAGGGCCUAAUGCUGAGGUCACCUUCAGUCUCCAGGACAACCAGGACGAGAGGUUUGAGAUCCAUCCAGACACUGGGGUGGUGACGGCACGGGGGGACUUUACAGCAGGCAACUACAGCAUCCUCACGGUAGGUGGACAAGAUCUUAACCGCAUAGUUACAUGUUCCACAGAUCCUUCUGCUUUUCACAACCACACACAGCGGUGGAGCACUCUGUAGGACACCUGCUAUCCCUAAACAAAUACAACCACAUCUUCUUUCAUGGCUCUCAUUCACAUGGAGGGAGCGUGUAAACUUGCAUGUGAAGUUGCAUGUGAACACCAUUGGCAUGAACACCAACCCUGUCAUGUUCUCAUGUACUGUGAUGAGUAACACAAAGAUCCACACCAGCUCAAUAACACGUGCUCUCCACCCCAUCCCUUCCCUCUGUCAGAUCAAAGCAGAGGACCGCGGGAGCCCGGCGAGGUCGUCAACAGUCCGCCUCGAUGUGGAGUGGAUCCCCAAGCCGACGCCCACCUCCGAGCUGCUGGCGUUUGACGAGCCAAACCUCACCUUCUUUGUCAUGCAGACGGAUCCUGUCACUCACAUGGUGGGGAACAUCCUCACAGAGACACAGAGGCUGCUGUGGUAUGACAUCACAGGUGAGCACUAACACGUUAACUCUGAUGUGUGGACGUGUGCUGUAUGUUGUGUGUAGAAUUACAACCUAUUUUAUAGAAACCAACAUCCUGGAAAAUAUGAUCAGAUUUGUGUAAUUUGAUGUUAUUAUAGCAAUAGUUAUAUUAGUUGACACAGUAAAGGCUUGGAGUAAAGUUACCGUAAAAGUAGCUGUUUUAUUAAACUGACCAAAUGGGAUGAGUCAAAAUGAAGAUGAUCAAUGAACAUUUCACACAUUUUUGGCAUGUACUUAAAGGCAAGACAAAACACGACCCAUCAAAAAUUAAAAAGAGAUGGAGUCCUGUUUUGCUGUGCGCUGUGUGUUUUGCUGUGUGUUUUGCUGUGCGCUGUGUGUUUUGCUGUGUGUUUUGCUGUGUUUUACUGUGUUUUGCUAUGUGUUUUGCUGAGCGCUGUGUGUUUUGCUGUGUGUUUUGCUGUGUGUUUUGCUGAGCGCUGUGUUUUUUGCUGUGUGUUUUGCUGUGUUUUGCUGUGUGUUUUGCUGAGCGCUGUGUGUUUUGCUGUGUGUUUUGCUGUGUGUUUUGCUGUGUGUUUUACUAUGUGUUUUGCUGAGCGCUGUGUUUUUUGCUCUGUGUUUUGCUGUGUGUUUUGCUGAGCGCUGUGUGUUUUUCUGUGCGCUGUGUGUUUUGCUGUGCGCUGUGUGUUUUGCCAUAUAUUUUGCUGUGCGCUGUGUGUUUUGCCAUGUGUUUUGCUGUGUGUUUUACUAUGUGUUUUGCUGAGCGCUGUGUUUUUUGCUCUGUGUUUUGCUGUGUGUUUUGCUGAGCGCUGUGUGUUUUUCUGUGCGCUGUGUGUUUUGCUGUGCGCUGUGUGUUUUGCCAUAUAUUUUGCUGUGCGCUGUGUGUUUUGCUGUGUGUUUUGCUGUGCGCUGUGUGUUUUGCUGUGUGUUUUGCUGUGCGCUGUGUGUUUUGCUGUGCGCUGUGUGUUUUGCUGUGCGCUGUGUGUUUUGCUGUGUGUUUUGCUGUGCGCUGUGUGUUUUGCUGUGUGUUUUGCUGUGUGCUGUGUGUUUUUCUGUGUGUUUUUCUGUGCGCUGUGUGUUUUGCUGUGCGCUGUGUGUUUUGCUGUGUGUUUUGCUGUGUGUUUUGCUGAGCGCUGUGUGUUUUGCUGUGCGCUGUGUGUUUUGCUGUGCGUUUUGCUGUGUGCUGUGUGUUUUGCUGUGUGUUUUGCUGUGUGCUGUGUGUUUUUCUGUGUGUUUUGCUGUGCGCUGUGUGUUUUGCUGUGCGCUGUGUGUUUUGCUGUGUGUUUUGCUGUGUGUUUUGCUGAGCGCUGUGUGUUUUGCUGUGCGUUUUGCUGUGCGCUGUGUGUUUUGCUGUGUGUUUUGCUGUGUGCUGUGUGUUUUGCUGUGUGUUUUGCUGUGCGCUGUGUGUUUUGCUGUGCGCUGUGUGUUUUGCUGUGUGUUUUGCUGUGCGCUGUGUGUUUUGCUGUGUGUUUUGCUGAGCGCUGUGUGUUUUGCUGUGUGUUUUGCUGAGCGCUGUGUGUUUUGCUGUGUGUUUUGCUGUGUGUUUUGCUGUGUGUUUUGCUGAGCGCUGUGUGCUUUGCUGUGUGUUUUGCUGUGUGUUUUGCUGUGUGUUUUGCUGUGUGUUUUGCUGUGUGUUUUGCUGUGUGUUUUGCUGUGUGUUUUGCUGAGCGCUGUGUGUUUUGCUGUGUGUUUUGCUGUGUGUUUUGCUGUGUGUUUUGCUGAGCACUGUCUGUUUUGCAGUGUGUUUUGCUGAGCGCUGUGUGUUUUGCUGUGCGCUGUGUGUUUUGCUGUGCGCUGUGUUCACUAUGAUGGUGGUAGAUUGAGUUCACGUCACUCUGCUGUUGAACAGAGCAGCAGGCCUGGUCUCGGUGUGGCAGAUAACACCUCAGCUAGGGGCAAGGGCCCAGUGUGUGUGUGUGUGUGUGUGUGUGUGUGUGUGUGUGUGUGUGUGUGUGUGUGUGUGUGUGUGUGUGUGUGUGUGUGUGUGUGUGUGUGUGUGUGUGUGUGUGUGUGCGUGUGCGUGUGCGCGCGUGCAUGCUUGAAAGCAAGCCUUUGUGGUGGGACAUACAUGAACUCAACCAUGGCAAUUUAGAUGGCAUCUUGAAAAGCACUUGAUGGCUAAAUGCAAUUGUGUUGAGAUCUUCAGCUUUCCAUCUGACUGUGACAGCUGCUUUUCAACACUCCAUCUGGUCAGCCCAUUAUAUAUUUAAACAAACAAUCUAUUUCUUCUCUGUCUCUUUCAAAGCCUCUGUCAAUAUUUUUUAAUCUGGGCAUUGGAUACAUUGGGUGUUUGAUUUUUCCAAAGGUUAGCGUUUUUCAUCAUGAAUCUUGUUUUAGAGGCAGCUUUGCAGAGUGGUUACUAGCUGGCACAGCCACAAAGUCAUAAAAUCUGUUUUUAAACCUAACCCUAACCCUAACCUUAACCACACUGCUAACCCUAAUGCCUAACCCUAACCAUAACCACACUGCUAACCCUAAUGCCUAACCCUAACCUUAACCACACUGCUAACCCUAAUGCCUAACCCUAACCUUAACCACACUGCUAACCCUAAUGCCUAACCCUAACCUUAACCACACUGCUAACCCUAAUGCCUAACCCUAACCUUAACCACCCUGCUAAAGGGGGACGACCCUUUUCUGCAACCUUGUUUCCUAUCAUUAAUACAUACAAGGGAGGAUGACGACGGUUCGUCAUGUUUGUUUAUUGCUCUCAGUAAAAUGAUGCAUAGUGAGAAGUAGCCCAGGGAGUAAUGCCUCAAAACUGUUGAGGGUGCAAUACAGUACAUGUGUUUGUGGCCAUGUUCAGUGAGGGGAGAGCCUCUUAGCUCAUUAUCCAUAUUCACACGCAUGCAUGCAAGGCGAUGGCCAUCAUUCAAAUGGGUGAAAUUAGGUAUUAACCUCUCUCAGUAGUUUUAAGAUGUUUUAUGUCUUUCCACCUGUCCUGACUGGGUAAACUCAAUUUCCAGUGGACGCUCCAAACAGCUGCCAACAGGUCCAUCUGCAGAAAGAAUGAUCCUCCAACCACAGCCAAGUCAUUAUGGUUCUGGAUGACACUACCGGUCAAAAGUUUUAGAACACCUACUCAUUCAAGGGUUUUUCUUUAUUUUUACUAUUAUUCUACAAAAAACACACUUUGAAAUAACACAUAUGGAAUCAUGUAGUAACCAAAAAAGUGUUAACCAAAUCAAAAUAUAUUUUAUAUUUGAGAUUCUUCAAAUAGCCACCCUUUGCCUUGAUGACAGCUUUGCACACUCUUGGCAUUCUCUCAACCAGCUUCACCUGUAAUGCUUUUCCAAGAGUCUUGAAGGAGUUCCCACAUAUGCUGAGCACUUGUUGGCUGCUUUUCCUUCACUCUGCGGCCCGACUCAUCCCAAACCAUCUCAAUUUGGUUGAGGUCGGGGGAUUGUGGAGGCCAGGUCCUUCUUGGUAAAAUAGCCCUUACACAGACCAAGUCCAUAUUAUGGCAAGAACAGCUCAAAUAAGCAAAUAGAAAUGACAGUCCAUCAUUACUUUAAGACAUGAAGGUCAGUCAAUACGGAACAUUUCAAGAACUUUGAAAGUUUCUUCAAGUGCAGUCGCAAAAACCAUCAAGCGCUAUGAUGAAACUGGCUCUCAUGAGGACUGCCACAGGAAUGGAAGACCCAGAGUUACCUCUGCUGCAGAGGAUAAGUUCAUUAGAGUUACCAGCCUCAGAAAUUGCAGCCCAAAUAAAUGCUUCACAGAGUUCAAGUAACAGACACAUCUCAACAUCAACUGUUCAGAGGGCACUGUGUGAAUCAGGCCUUCAUGGUCGAAUUGCUGCAAAGAAAGCACUACUAUAAGACACUAAUAAGAAGAACAGACUUGCUUGGGCCAAGAAACACGAGCAAUGGACAUUAGACCGGUGGAAAUGUGUACUUUGGUCUGGAAUCCAAAUUGGAGAUUUUUGGUUCCAACCGCCGUGUAUUUGUGAGACACGGUGUGUGUGAACGGAUGAUCUCCGCAUGUGUAUUUCCCACCGUAAAGCAUGGAGGAGGAGGUGUUAUGGUGUGGGGGUGCUUUGCUGGUGACACUGUCUGUGAUUUUUUUUAGAAUUCAAGGCACACUUAACCAGCAUGGCUACCACAGCAUUCUGCAGCAAUACGCCAUCCCAUCUUUGUUUGGGCUUAGUGUGUCUAUCAUUUGUUUUUCAACAGGACAAUGACCCAAAAUACACCUCGAGGCUGUGUAAGGGCUAUUUUACCAAGAAGGAGAGUGAUGGAGUGCUGCAUCAAAUGACCUGGCCUCCAUAAUCCCCCGACCUCAACCAAAUUGAGAUGGUUUGGGAUGAGUUGGACCACGGAGUGAAGGAAAGUCAGCCAACAAGUGCUCAGCAUAUGUGGGAACUCCUUCAAGACUGUUGGAAAAGCAUUCCAGGUGAAGCUGGUUGAGAGAAUGCCAAGAGUGUGCAAAGCUGUCAUCAAGGCGAAGGGUGGCUAUUUGAAGAAUCUCAAAUAUAAAAUAUAUUUUGAUUUGUUUAACACUUUUUUGGUUACUACAUGAUUCCUUAUGUGUUAUUUAAUAGUUUUGAUGUCGUCACUAUUAUUCUACAAUGUAGAAAAUAGUAAAAAUAAAGAAAAUCUCCUUGAAUGAGUAGGUGUUCUAAAACUUUUGACCGGUAGUGUACCUGUGUGUCACAACUGCCACAUGGACUCUCACUCACUCCUCCCAUAAAGCCAGUGGGGCCACACUCAGUGACAGACACUUACGUAGCCAAACAUCCUGAGGGACUCUGGGAAGGCUUCCACUGAGGUCACUCUCAGUGACAGACAUUUACGUAGCCAAACAUCCUGAGGGACUCUGGGAAGGCUUCCACUGAGGUCACUCUCAGUGACAGACACUUACGUAGCCAAACAUCCUGAGGGACUCUGGGAAGGCUUCCACUGAGGUCACUCUCAGUGACAGACACUUACAUAGCCAAACAUCCUGAGGGACUCUGGGAAGGCUUCCACUGAGGUCACUCGCAGUGACAGACACUUACGUAGCCAAACAUCCUGAGGGACUCUGGGAAGGCUUCCACUGAGGUCACUCUCAGUGACAGACACUUACGUAGCCAAACAUCCUGAGGGACUCUGGGAAGGCUUCCACUGAGGUCACUCUCAGUGACAGACACUUACGUAGCCAAACAUCCUGAGGGACUCUGGGAAGGCUUCCACUGAGGCCUUUCAACUGUCAAAUUUCUAACUGUCAAACUUCAAACUGUCCUUGUAUGUGAUGAUUGAUGAUGUUGAUUGAUUUUCACCAUCUCCUAUCUAUUGUGUUGUUGUUCUCUCCCAGGGGGCGAUGAGGAGCAGGACUUUGACAUUGAGAGGAACAAAGGCAGCAUCGUGAUCGCCAGGCCUCUGGAUGCAGGGAAGAAGUCCAACUAUAAUCUGACUGUACAGGUUACGGACGGGCAUCAGGUCGCAACCACACAGGUGAUAUACAUAUGAAAUACAUGGUAAAUUAGUUGUUAUGGUAAAACUUUAGAUUAAGUUUAUCUUCCUGUCUGUCUGUCUGUCUGUCUGUCUGUCUGUCUGUCUGUCUGUCUGUCUGUCUGUCUGUCUGUCUGUCUGUGUCAGGGCGUGUGUAGGUGUGGUGUAGGAAAUCAGAUGCAGGACGCAGACGGUAGGUUCCAAAAGCUGUAUUCCGACCCAAACACAGGCAACAGGGCAACAAAGCCCAACAGCUAAACUACGCCAAAGGCGUGUAGGCAAAAUGCGCACAAACAGGUGCGACAAAAAUAGUAGUGCACGAAACAAGUGCAAAAUGAGCUCCAGCGCAGUGGAGAGAAUUAUGCUCAACCGAGCAAACACAACACUGACGAAAACAAUCACACACAACACAAGACAAACACAACGAGAAACUUAUAGGAUACUAAUCACGUAAAACAGAAACAGGUGUGACACAAACAGACAAAAGCAAACGAACAUGAAAACAUAAAUCGGUGGCAGCUAGAAUUCCGGAGACGACGAACGCCGAAGCCUGCCCGAACAAGGGAGAGAGGCAGCCUCGGCCGAAACCGUGACAGUACCCCCCCCUUGACGCGCGGCUCCAGACGCGCGCCGACUCCGGCCUUGGGGACGACCCGGAGGCCGCGGCGCAGGGCGCGUCGGAUACCCCCGAUGGAAUUCCGUCAGGAGCGACGGGUCCAAGAUGUCUCUCCUCGGCACCCAGCACCGCUCCUCCGGACCGUACCCCUCCCACUCCACUAGAUACUGAAGACCCCCUCUCCGACGUCUAGAAUCCAAGAUGGAUCUCACGGUGUACGCCGGUGCCCCCUCGAUGUCCAACGGGGGCGGGGGGGUCUCCAAGAUCUCAUGUUCUUGGAGCGGGCCUGCUACCACCGGCCUGAGAAGGGACACAUGGAACGAGGGGUUAAUACAUUUAUACUCCACUGGCAACUGUAAUCUAUAACAAACCUCGUUCAACCUUCUCAGGACUUUAAAUGGCCCUACAAACCGCCGACCCAGUUUCCGACAGGGCAGGCGGAGGGGCAGGUUUCUGGCAGAGAGCCAGACUCGAUCUCCAGGUGCGUACACAGGCCCCUCACUGCGGUGUAGGUCGGCGCUCGUCUUCUGUCGACGUAUGGCACGCUGCAGAUGGACGUGUGCAGCGUCCCACGUCUCCUCCGAGCGCCGCACCCACUCAUCCACAGCGGGGGCCUCGAUCUGGCUCUCAUGCCAUGGUGCCAGAACCGGCUGGUACCCUAAAACACACUGAAAAGGGGUUAGUUGGGUGGAGGAGUGGCGAAGAGAGUUCUGUGCCAUCUCAGCCCAGGGCACAUAUCUCGCCCACUCCUCCGGCCGGUCCCGGCAGUAUGUUCUGAGAAACCUGCCCACAUCCUGGUUUACGCGUUCCACCUGCCCAUUACUCUCCGGGUGGUAACCCGAGGUGAGACUCACCGAGACCCCCAACCGCUCCAUAAAAGCUCUCCAGACUCUGGAGGUGAAUUGGGGACCCCGGUCAGCCACAAUGUCCUCGGGCACCCCGUAGUGCCGGAACACAUGAGUGAAUAGUGCUUCGGCGGUUUGUAGGGCAGUAGGAAGACCCGGCAUGGGGAGCAAACGACAGGCCUUAGAGAACCGAUCCACAACGACCAGGAGUGUAGUAUUCCCUUGAGAGAGGGGAAGAUCAGUUAUAAAAUCCACCGAGAGGUGGGACCAUGGUCGUUGUGGAACGGGCAGGGGUAGUAACUUACCCCUAGGCAGAUGUCUAGGCGCCUUACACUGGGCGCACACCGAGCAGGAGGAAACAUAAACCCUCACAUCCCUGGCCAACGUAGGCCACCAAUAUUUGGCACUAAGACAGUGCACUGUCCGACCGAUACCCGGAUGUCCAGAGGAGGGUGACGUGUGAGCCCAAUAGAUCAAUCGAUCCCGACACUCGAGCGGAACAUACUUCCGACCCUCCGGGCAUUGUGGUGGACUAGGGUCGGUGCGUAAUGCCCGCUCGAGCUCAGAAUCGAGCUCCCACACCACCGGUGCCACUAGACACGACUCCGGCAGUAUGGGAGUGGGCUCCACGGACCUCUCCUCCCCGUCAUACCGCCGAGACAGUGCAUCUGCCUUACCGUUUUGUGACCCAGGGAUGUAGGUGAUCUUAAAAGAGAAACGGGUCAAAAACAUACUCCAUCUAGCCUGUCGAGGGUUCAGCCUCCUCGCUGCCCGGAUGUACUCCAGGUUACGGUGGUCCGUCAAAAUGAGGAAAGGGUGUUGAGCCCCCUCAAGCCAGUGCCUCCACACCUUAAGGGCUUGGACCACAGCUAACAGCUCCCUGUCCCCGACGUCAUAAUUUCGCUCCGCCGGGCUGAGCUUCUUGGAAUAGAAGGCAACGGGGCGGAGUUUAGGUGGCGCGCCUGACCGUUGGGACAGCACGGCGCCAAUACCGGCUUCAGACGCGUCCACCUCUACCUGAAAUGGUAAGGAGGGAUCCGGAUGCGCCAGCACCGGAGCCGAGGUGAACAGGUCCUUCAGCUUCUUAAAAGCCCUGUCCGCCUCGACUGACCACUGCAGACGCACCGGGCCCCCCUUUAAGAGAGACGUGAUGGGAGCUGCCACCUGCCCAAAACCCCGGAUAAACCUCCGGUAGUAAUUCGCAAACCCCAAAAACUGCUGCACCUCUUUCACAGUGGUUGGUGUUUGCCAAUUACUCACGGCUGACACUCGGUCUACCUCCAUCUUCACCCCUGACGCAGACAACUGAUACCCCAAGAAGGAAAUCGACUCCUGGAAAAACAGACACUUCUCUGCCUUCACAUACAGGUCGUGCUCCACCAGCCUCCGCAACACUCUGCGCACCAGGGCCACAUGCUCGACACGGGUAGGUGAGUACACGAGGAUGUCAUCUAUGUACACCACCACUCCCUGUCCCUGCAUGUCCCUGAAGAUCUCAUCCACGAAUGAUUGGAAAACUGACGGAGCAUUCAUCAACCCGUAUGGCAUGACGAGAUACUCGUAAUGGCCCGAGGUGGUACUAAAGGCUGUUUUCCAUUCAUCAUCCUUCCUGAUGCGCACCAAGUUGUACGCGCUCCUGAGAUCUAAUUUCGUGAAGAAACGCGCCCCAUGCAACGACUCCGUCAUGGUCGCAAUCAGCGGGAGUGGAUAACUAUACUUCACCGUAAUCUGAUUGAGACCACGGUAGUCGAUGCACGGACGCAACCCCCCAUCCUUCUUCUUCACGAAAAAGAAACUCGAGGAUGCGGGGGAAGUGGACGGCCGUAUGUAUCCUUGUCUCAGUGAUUCGUCUAUGUAAACCUCCAUAGCUUUCUUCUCCUCCUGAGACAGAGGAUACACAUGACUCCGUGGGAGCGCAGCUCCUGCCUGAAGGUCUAUCGCACAAUCCCCCUGCCUAUGGGGUGGCAAUCGCGUCGCCCUCGCCUUACUAAACGCGAUAGCCAGAUCCCCAUACUCAGGUGGAAUGUGCAAUGCGGGCACCUGGUUUGGACUUUCCACCGAGGUAGCCCCUAAGGAAACGCCCAAACAUCUACCCACACACUGAGCAGACCACUCCUUCAGAGCCCUCUCCUGCCACGAAAUAACGGGGUUAUGGGUACUUAACCAGGGCAUGCCCAGCACCACCGGAUACGCAGGAGAGUCAAUCAGAAACAGUUGUAUUAUCUCCUGAUGACUCCCCUGCGCACACAUCCUAAGUGGCGCCGUGACCUCCCUGAUUAAGCCCGUACCCAACGGACGACUAUCUAGGGCGUGAACGGGAAAAGGAACUUCCACAGGGAGAAGGGGAAACCCUAACUCUAAACAAAACUUCUUAUCAAUGAAAUUCCCAGCCGCGCCUGAAUCUACCAGCGCCUUACACUGGGAAUGAGGUGCCACCUGCGGAAAACACACAGGCAUACAAAAAUGGGCAACAGUGAGCUCUGGGUGAGUGGGGCGCCUACUCACCUGGAGGGAAUCCCCAGUGCGGGACCUGUCGUCAUCUCCCCGAGGAGGCCAUCCCCAGCACCUAGCCGCGGUGUGUCCUCCCCGACCACAGUUGGUGCAGUGGAUGGACCCCCCACUCUGCCGACUCCUCCUACCUCUAGCGCCAGCGCCCCCGAGCUCCAUAGGACACGGCUCGGGUGCGCUGGAGGAUGGAAUGGACGGACCCCCCUCAGGACGUCCGCGGGUAGCCAAUAGGUUAUCCAACCUAAUUGACAUGUCGACCAGCUGGUCGAAAGUGAGACUGGCGUCCCGACAGGCCAGCUCCCGACGGACGUCCUCUCUGAGGCUACAUCGGUAGAGAUCGAUGAGGGCCCGAUCAUUCCACCCUGCAUCUGCCGCUAGAGUACGGAAUUCGAGUGCGAAUUCCUGGGCACUCCUCCUCCCCUGCCUAAGGAAGACCAGACGCUCCCCCGCCGCUUUCCCCUCCGGGGGAUGGUCGAACACCGCCCUAAAGCGGCGGGAGAACUCGGUGUAGGUGAUGGUCGUGGCGUCGAUCUUCCUCCACUCUGCGUUGGCCCACUCCAACGCUUUACCGGCCAGGCAGGAGAUUAGGGCGGACACGCUCUCAUGCCCUGAAGGUGCCGGAUGGACUGUGGCCAGGUACAGCUCGACCUGGAGCAAGAACCCCUGACACCCAGCCGCUGUCCCGUCGUAAGCCCUCGGGAGAGAUAGACGGACUCCUCGAUGUUCCGGUGCUGGAACGGGCGGGCUGACCGAUGGUGCUGGCUGGGCGGGCGGUGGUGGAGGCGAACCCCAGCCUCGGAGUGUGGAAAUAACCUCCUGCAGGGCGUUCCCCAUCUGCAGGAGUUGCUCCUGCUGAUCCCGAACCUGGGCCUCCAGUCUUGUCUGGGCUGCUUCUGCUCCUGCUGAUUCCAUGGGUGGUGUGUGAUUCUGUCAGGGCGUGUGUAGGUGUGGUGUAGGAAAUCAGAUGCAGGACGCAGACGGUAGGUUCCAAAAGCUGUAUUCCGACCCAAACACAGGCAACAGGGCAACAAAGCCCAACAGCUAAACUACGCCAAAGGCGUGUAGGCAAAAUGCGCACAAACAGGUGCGACAAAAAUAGUAGUGCACGAAACAAGUGCAAAAUGAGCUCCAGCGCAGUGGAGAGAAUUAUGCUCAACCGAGCAAACACAACACUGACGAAAACAAUCACACACAACACAAGACAAACACAACGAGAAACUUAUAGGAUACUAAUCACGUAAAACAGAAACAGGUGUGACACAAACAGACAAAAGCAAACGAACAUGAAAACAUAAAUCGGUGGCAGCUAGAAUUCCGGAGACGACGAACGCCGAAGCCUGCCCGAACAAGGGAGAGAGGCAGCCUCGGCCGAAACCGUGACAGUCUGUCUGUCUGUCUGUCUGUCUGUCUGUCUGUCUGUCUGUCUGUCUGUCUCCUAGGCAUAUAUCCGUGUGGUGGACGUGAACGAGCAUCGACCCAUGUUCAUGAAGUCGAUCUACGAGGUCAGAGUACCAGAAGACACCUCUCCAUGGAAGGAGAUCCUCCAAAUCUCUGCUCAGGACCAAGACAGCAACAGCAAACUAAUCUACUCCCUCCACAGCAGCGUCCAUCCAGACAGCCUGAAGGACUUCCAUCUGGACCCCAAGAGUGGUGUGCUGGUCAUGACUGAGCAGCUGGACCAUGAGAAGCUUUCUGUGCACACGCUCACUGUGAUGGUAAUGUUUUUAGUGAUGUUUCCUUUUUUCUCUCCCUUUACAUUGAAAACAUGAGGACCUAAAGUACAGCGUAUCUACCACAACCGUUUCACAAAGUACUCUCUGUCAGAUUAUAGCAAUCAUUUUUUUCUGGUAAUCUAGGAUUAAUGUCCCUUCUCUGUCCUGCUCUCACCUUCUCCUUUAACGCCAUAGGUUCGAGAUCAGGUGAUCCCAGUGAAAAGAAACUUUGUGAAGGCAGUGGUUUAUGUGGAGGACUGCAACGACCACUCUCCUGCCUUCAUGGCAACCGACUAUGAGGGCACUAUCACCAAUCAGGCUGCGGCUGGGACAGAGGUGCUGCGUGUCAAGGCUCUGGAUAAGGACAUUGGGAGCAACGCUCAGAUUAUCUACUCCCUUCACUCAGGUACAACACAGAUCAGAGAUUACGGGGGUAGAUUAUGAUGGAUCUGGAUUGUGAAAGUUCUUCAAGUAUGAUGAUCUAUUUUUCUUUUUUCUUUAUAAGAGUGCUAUAGAACAAGUAUAUUCUGUUCUAAAAUCAUUCUUUGAGAUAGAUUUUUACUUUACCCUCACGUAUAGGCAAAUGUGUUGACAAUUUAAAACAUUCUAUACACAAAAAUAUAUGUUUGUAAAAUAAUUAGUUAAUUUUUAUUUGGUCAUUGUUAAUCUUUACAGGGAAUGUCGACAACACCUUUGACAUCGAUGGCGAGCUGGGGAGUAUCACUGUCGCCAAGCCUCUGGACAACCUACCCCAGGAGCAGUUUCAUCUGACAGUGAAGGCCACAGACCAGGGUUUCCCCCAGCACAGCGACCUCUGUUCUGUCUCCAUCACCGUCCUGCUAUCAGACAGAACCCCUCCCAGGUUAAUAUGUAUAUAAAAUAGUAUUAUGAUGUUUGAUAAUUCUUAAUUUUUUUUAUUUGUAAAUUGUAUCAAAUAAUUCAACAUCAGCUACUAUUGAUAUUAUGUACUGCUUUCCUAAUUGUUCAUAAAAAACAUUCUCUCUUCUCUCUCCCAGGUUCCCCUCAGAUGAGCACUUCUCAGAAGUCAGUGAAGCCAGUCCUCUGGGAACUCCCGUGAUCACUGUCUCUGCAGCCAGCCCAUCUUCAGUCCACUACAGCAUCAAAGAUGGAGACCCUAACGGAACCUUCCACAUCAAUGCAGACUCCGGAGUUCUCUCUGUCCAAACGAGCCUCAACUUCGAGGAAUGUUUCUCGUACAGACUCAAAGUGCGUGCCAGCACCUCGGCUGGAGCCUCGUCAGUUACGGUUGUUUACGUCUAUGUGAUAGAUGAGAAUGAUAACCCUCCGGUGUUCCUCCAGGAGAUAUUCCAUGGCCAGAUUAGUGAGUCCGCUCACAUCAACAGCAUGGUGAUGGGGGAGAGCAACACACCUCUGGUGAUACGAGCCUCCGAUGCCGACAGGGACUCUAACUCUCUCCUAGUCUUCCAAAUCCUGGAACCGGAAGCGAUGAAAGUCUUCAAGAUAGAUCCCAGCAUGGGUACACUCUCUUUGAUAUCGGAGGUGGACUUUGAAGAAACACCUGAGUUUCGCUUCAGCAUUCAGGUAAGGGACUCAGGGGAACGGUCGCUGUACGCAGCAGAGCCAGCCAGAGUCACCGUCCAUGUCCUGGAUUUCAAUGACUGUUCCCCCAAAUUCGCUACGCCGGUGUACGAGUCGUCCAUCAUCUUCCCUCCUGUCAGAGAGAUGGAGGUUGUACGGGUCACGGCACAAGACGCAGAUUCAGCUGUCUCAUACAGCAUCACAGAGGGCAACCUUCAAAAUGCUUUUCUCAUUCAUCCUUCCACUGGUGCUAUCUCUGUAAACAAUGUUUCAGAGUUUAAAUCCUUUUACCAGCUGCUGCUCAAAGCCUCUGACGGCCUGUACAAAGACCUUGCCACAGUUAAGAUAAACGUCACCAACAUAAGAGCAGGCGGCCAUCUUGAAUUUGAGCAGGGAUUGUAUGCAGUCACCAUUGUGGAGAACUCUAUGUCGGUCAGAACGUUAGCUGUGUUGAGAGCUUCAGGUAGUUACUUAAACGAGCCUCUGAUUUACUCUGUAUUGAACCCAACGGGACGGUUUGCUAUAGUCCCAACAUCAGGGGUGCUUGAGACCACCGGCGUCCCCUUCGACAGAGAGGAGCAGGAUGUCUAUGACAUAGUGGUGGAGGUGAGAGACAUGAGGAGCCCCCCUCGCAGGGCAAUAACCCACGUCAACGUUUACAUAGUUGACGUCAAUGACAAUCGACCAAGGUUCUUGAACCUGCCUCAGUCCAUGAUGAUCUCUGAAGACACGGACCCAGGAGAUGUAAUCUUUCAAGUGAUGGCCGCCGACAGUGAUCUUGGAGAAAAUGGCUCUAUUAUGUACUUGUUGGAGGAGGAUUUUGAUCUCUUUAGGAUAGACCCUUAUGUUGGUGACGUGUCCCUUCAGCGGCCUAUAGACUUUGAAGCUACCAAUAAAUAUGCCCUGACUGUCCUGGCCACAGAUGAGGGCUCGCCCAGUUGGACCACUUCAGCAGUGCUGAGUAUCACGUUGAGAAAUCGCACCAACCCCAUUUUUCAGACUUUGCUCUAUCCUCUGAAAGUCCCUGAAAACAUAUCUCCCUUCACCACAAUAUUGCAAGUACAAGCAAGAAACCCUGAGGGAUACCGGCUUAUUUACAAUCUGGAAGAGGAGAAUGCCUCAAAACACUUUCACAUAGAUUUUAAAACAGGAGUGUUGAGUGUCACUGAUUUAUUGGACUAUGAGAGCCAGACAAUGCAUCUAUUGACGGUUCGAGCCACUGACUCUGUGACAGGCUCCUAUUCAGUGGCUGAUGUCGAAAUAGAGGUUGAAGAUGUUAACGAUAACCCUCCAGUCUUCUCCAAGCUGACUGACACAGUGGAUAUGCCUGAAGGAUUACCCAUAGGCACGUCUGUAUUACAGAUAUCAGCCACAGAUAUAGACUCGGGCAGAAAUAAAGACAUAACCUUCCAUGUUUUGGGGACGUGGGAAAAUGCAACGGACUUCUUUAAAAUAGAUCCCCAGAGUGGUCUAAUUGUUACGACACAGGUGUUGGACUAUGAGAACACAAAGCACUUCCAGUUAAAGAUCAAAGCCAUAGAUAAUGGCACAAGCCCAUUGAGCAGCGAAGCCUAUGUCAUUGUUAACGUAAUCGACAUCAACGACAACCCUCCAAACUUCUCCAAGCCCCACUAUCAGGCAACACUGGAUGAAAUGGCCAAAUGUGGCCACAUCGUCAUAAAAAUCCAAGCUUCGGACCCCGACACCAGAGACUUGAACAAUCUACAGUAUAAGAUCCUCUCAGGUAAUGAGGGAAGAUAUUUCGCCAUCAACGAAUCCUCCGGAAUUAUCUCCUUUUCUAAAGUCUGCAAGAGAAAUGUGGACCCAUUCUACAACCUCACCGUGGCCGUGUCAGAUGGCGUUUUCCAGAACACAGCCCCUGUGAACAUUGAUAUCAUGAACACUAAUAAACACAGCCCCUAUUUUAACAAGAACAUCUACGAGGCGGAACUAGCUGAGAACGCUGAGGCUGGAACACGUGUGAUUCGCCUGGCCGCCAUAGACCCUGACGAUGGACCUUACGGCAGCGUGGACUACACCAUCAUCAACAAACUGGCAGAUGACAAAUUCUCCAUAGACAAGAAUGGACAGGUCGUAACAUCUCAACCUUUAGAUCGAGAGAACCCAUCCCAAAGAGUGAUUGCCAUCAAGGUGAUGGCUAAAGAUGGCGGAGGGAAAGUAGCGUUCUGCACUGUGAAGAUUAUCCUGACAGAUGAGAAUGAUAAUGCCCCUCAGUUCAAAGCAUCAGAGUAUCAGGUCUCAAUCCAGUCUACUGUAAACAAAGGUACUCCCGUGAUUCAGAUAAUGGCGUACGACGCAGACGACGGCAAAAAUGCUGACGUCACCUACACCGUGGACGAAGCAGAGGAAGUGACCGAGGACAUCAUCGAGAUCAACCCCUUCACUGGCAUUGUCAGCGUCAAACAGAGCCUGAUAGGUCAAGAGAACAAGAUAUUCAACUUCAAAGUCAAGGCUCGGGACGGCGGAUUACCGUUCUACAACUCCACGGUUCCGGUGCAGGUGAAAGUAGUACCACCUGAGGUCCCUCUUCCGAAGUUCUCCGAGCCGCUGUACACGUUCUCCGCAGCCGAGGACAUCUCUGUGGGAACAGAGAUCGGGACGAUCAAGGCUGACUACGAUAUGCCAGUCAUCUACAGCCUGGUCAAUGGCAACACUGUGGAGAGCAACAGAGACAGAGUGUUUGCUCUGGAUAAAGAGAGCGGUACUCUACUCGUCCAGAAGAGCAUCGACCACGAGAAGACCAAGUGGUAUCAGAUAGAUGUUAUUGCUCAAGGCAACCACAACGGGACCGACGUAGCCUCGCUGGUGUCGGUCAGCAUCCAGGUCCAGGAUGUGAAUGACAACGUGCCGGUGUUCGAGGCCAACCCUUACAAGGCCUUCCUGGCUGAGAACACGCCACCAGGAACCACCGUCAUCCAGGUAUGUUUUUUUCAGAUAUGUUUUUUUCAUUGAUCUAAUAUUUUUGUACUGUUGUAUGCAAUUCUUUAUGAUUUCUGUGUUCAUGAUGUGCAAAUCAAAUUCCCUUUUGGGGCAAUAACAGUUUCAUUUUAAUUCAUUAAUGCAUCCAUUCAUCCAUUCAGGUGACUGCCAAUGACCCUGACCAGGACACCAAUGGACAGGUGACCUAUACCUUGGAAGCCGAACCCGAUGACAUCACCGACAUCUUCUCCAUCGACAGUGAGAGCGGUUGGAUAACUACUCUGAGAGAAACGGACAGUGAGACGACACAACACUACAGCUUCACAGUGGUGGCUACUGACCACGGGGGGGAGGUUAAGCUCUCGUCCUCAGUUCUAGUGGAGGUGACGGUGACUGACGAGAACGACAACCCUCCUCGGUUCACGGAGGACGUGUACCAUGGGUCUGUCAUGGAGAACACUAGGCCUGGGGAGGUCAUCAUGAGCCUGACGACCGUUGAUAUGGAUGUGACUAAAGAGAACAGGCAGAUCACGUGCUACAUCACAGGUGAGUCUUGUUGAUUGAUUAAUUGGAUUGAUUGAAUGAUCGAUCACAUACACUUUUUUGAAGUUGUUGAAUGGUACUUUUCUCAGGCCUAUCAGCAUAAUGAACAACAUUUAAAUAAGAAACAGAUGGGCACAGUACUUCUCCAGAGCAAUAUAUCUUCUAUAAUGGUUUAUUCUAAGUGUAAAAGUGACUACAUUGAUAGGAAGAAUGAUGUGGUGGUUAUGAUCAAACCCAUAUAGGUCUCCAGGUAGCGUUGACAUUCCAUUUAUAGCAUUCAAAUGUUUUUCCUUAGAUGGAGACCCAUUGGCCCAGUUCUCCGUUGUGCAAGAGGGAGAGGAGUGGGUGCUGGUCCUCAAAGAGUCGCUUGACCGCGAAGAUAAAGAUAAGUACUCCCUGAAGAUAACAGUUACCGACGGGAGAUUCGAGGCCCCUGCCACUGUAGAGGUCCAUGUUCUAGACGUCAACGAUAACAGUCCUCUGUGUGAGCAGGUAUGUCAGUCAGCCAUGACACUACGGUAUAUAUUUAGAUUCCUGUAGAUUAUACACUACACGUCUUACGCAACGUCAUACAUGCAGAGCGGUAACACGUUGUACCUACAUAAGGACUUUAUAACAGUUCAUACAUACCUGUACAUCCACGAGCAGUAGCCUACCUGAGUAUGAAUGAAAUGCCUAUGUCAACAACUGCAAUUUUUACCUAAGAUGAAGCUAACUAUCAAUGUUUCAGUUGCUGUACACAGAGGUUGUCAUGGAGAAUUCCCCGUCAAGCAUGUUCAUACUGAAGGUUUCAGCGUCGGACCCAGACAUCGGCACCAACGGACAAGUGUCCUACACCCUCCACGGCCCCAACGCAGACAAGUUCCGUCUUGAUCAAAAGACAGGUUAGAGACAACUGUUAUUUGGGGUGUAAACAAAAAGAGGCCCUAAGUGAAAUCCGUUAUUUGUUUGGGUUGAGAGAUAACAUCUCCAUUCUUACAAAAUACAUAAACUGAGGUAUUCAAGAAGACAAGAUGGUGCACUGUCAGACCACCACAAAGGUUUGGUGUUUUGGCUUCUCAUCAACCAUACUUCCUGUUUGUCAUAGCACUAGCCUAUCAUCAAUCCCUCUUCAUUAUGGUAAGCCAAUCAGGGCUCAUAAUCUUAAGAAUUUGUCCUUUCACAUCACAUAUAUGCUAGGAGAUUAUUUGAUAUGGCCUUCAACCCAAAGUAAUGGUAUGGCGCUGGUAGUAUGGUGAAUGACUACCAGAAAUGUAAAAAUCUUGUGAUUUAUUUGUACUUCUCACGGUUUCCUUCUUGAUAGAUUUCAGUAAAUAUUUUGUAAACUGUGAUGAUACUUUUAAAGAAUGUAUAGGCCUACUGUCUGGCCCUUUUCCCCACCAUUUUGAAAUACAUCUCAGUGUUUUUCCGCUACCAUUUUGAUACACAUCUCAGUGUUUUUGGUCUUCCUUUCCUGUGGCGGUCCUCAUGAUCCUCAGUUUCAUCAUAGCGCUUGAUGGUUUUUGCGACUGCACUUGAAGAAUCUUUCAAAGUUCUUGAAAUGUUCUUUAUUGAUGUCUUAAAGUAAUGAUGGACUGUCGUUUCUCUUUGCUUAUUUGAGCUGUUCUUGCCAUAAUAUUGGCUUGGUCUUUUACCAAAUAGGGCUAUCUUCUGUCUACCUUCUCACAACACAACUGAUUGGCUCAAAUGCAUUAAGAAGGAAAGAAAUUCCACAAAUUUACUUUUAAGAAGGCACACCUGUUAAUUGAAAUGCAUUCCAGGUGACUACCUCAUGAAGCUGGUUGAGAGAAUGCCAAGAGUGUGCAAAGCUGUCAUCAAGGCAAAGAGUGGCUGUAUGAAGAAUCUAAAAUGUAAAAAAUAGUAAGAAUGAAGAAAAACACUUGAAUGAGUAGGUGUGACCAAACAUUUCACUGGUAGUGUAGUUCUCAGUGUUUUUUCCCACAAUUUUGAUAUAGAUCUCAGUGUUUUUCCCCACAAUUUUGAUAUAGAUCUGUGUUUUUUCCCACCAUUUUGACAUAGUUCUCAGUGUUUUUCCCCACAAUUUUGAUAUAGAUCUGUGUUUUUCCCCCACCAUUUUCAUAUAGUUCUCAGUGUUUUUUCCCACAAUUUUGAUAUACAUCUCAGUGUUUUUUCCCACCACCUACAGUCAGUUUUCAUCUAUUCUUAGACCAUAUCUAUCAAUCUACAUAGUGUAUGUGAAGCCCUCUGCUCCACUAGGACCUAGAAGGAAUAGGUUAAGUAAGUCCAUCUAUCUGUUCAUCUAAUUAUUUGUUCUUCUUAUCUGUGACAGGGGAGUUGUUCACCCUGGCCCAGCUGGACAGGGAGAUGGUGAUGGAGUAUGAUCUCGUAGUUAAAGCCACGGACGGCGGCGGUCGCUCCUGCCAGACAGACAUCUUACUCGUGAUCCAGGAUAUGAACGACAACCCUCCCAAGUUCUCCAACAACCACUAUGAAGUCAGCGUGUUCGACAACACCACCGUCAGGACACCCAUCGCUGUCAUCUACGCCAAAGACCCUGACACUGGUAAGUCAUAUUGUUGAGAUGAAAUGAAUAGAGUAGACGUUCCCAUUCUGAGGGAUAGUCUGAAGGGGCUUCACUGAUCUAGUUUUUCUAUUUAUAUGGGCUAAAAUCUAUAGAAUCAGCGUGACUGGAAUGGACAUUAACGUUCUGAGGUAUGGUUUGAGGGGCUUUGUCUGAUCUAGUAAUUCUAUUUCUAUGGUAAAAUCUCAAUCUCCCCUUAACGUAGCAGAGGCUUUACUCCUAUCUACGUCCCCAGGUCAUAACAUAGAGACUAUUCUCCUAUAUACUUCCUGACCGCCACCCACCCGUCCUUCAUCCACAUAAUAUUGAAUGACCCUAAACUCACCCGCCCUGUGGAUAUAUCCACUGGGACUGCGGGUUAUGAGUCAACAAGCGCAUCACUAAUUAAUGCAUUGUAAUUUGGAUGGUGCCCUCAUUGAUCGUGUCCCCGCUUAUAAAUAUCUGGGCAUCUGGAUUGACGAAAACCUAUCUUUCAAAAAACAUGUUGAUAAAUUGGUUAAUUAAAAUAGUAUUCUUCUAUAGGAACAGGUCCUGUCUUUUGUUAAAUAGCAGAAAACAAAUCAUUGUCAACAUUCAUUCCGGCUUUAGACUAUGGCAAUAUCGUCUAUGUGAAUGCAGCUGCCAAUACACUGAAACCAUUGGAUGCAGUUUACCACAGUGCACUACGCUUUAUUAAGGGCAGCAGAUUCAGGACUUAUCACUGCAUUCUGUAUCAGAAAGCAGGCCGGCCCUCCUUGAAGUCUCGUAGAUCAAUGCAUUGCACUCUUUUUGUGAAUAAAGCCCUCUUGCAUAAACUUCCGCCAUACCUUACCUCAUUGUUAACCUUCAGACGUAUAAGUUACCAGACAUGGAAUCAGGGAUGGCUAAACCUGGAGAUCCCUUCAAUAUCUACUGAGUUAGGUCAUUCUGUUUUUAGUUUUUUUUGCGUGGAAUGAUCUCCAAAAGCCCUUAAAGUUGGUUGAGUUGGUAGCCUGUAGUGCGAUUCAGGCGGAUGUUGGAGGGCCUUUUUACUAAAGAAUGUGUUUGUUUCAUUUGAUUGUGUUUUGCUUUUCAUGUAUUGCGUAAUUGAUGUGUAUAUACAGUGCAAUGGGAAAGUAUUCAGACCCUUUGACAUUUUCCACAUUUAGUUACGUUACAGCCUUAUUCUAAAAUGGAUUAAAUAGUUUUUUCCCUCAUCAAUCUACACACAAUACCCUAUAAUGACAAAGCAAAAACAGGUUUUUAGACAUUUUUGCAAAUGUAUUACAAAAAACAAUUGAAAUAUCACAUUUACAUAAGUAUUCAGACCCUUUACUCAGUACUUUGUUGAAGCACCUUUGGCAGUGAUUACAGCCUCAAGCCUUCUUGGGUAUGACGCUACAAGCUUGGCACACCUGUAUUUGGGGAGUUUCUCCCAUUCUUCUCUGCAGAUCCUCUCAAGCUCUGUCAGGUUGGAUGGGGAGCGUCGCUGCAGAAACAUCUCAAGGAUGAUCAAUAGAAACAGGAUGUACCUGAGCUCAAUUUCGAGGAUCUGAAUACUUGUGUAUUUUUGGCAAACAUUUCUAACAACCUGUUUUCACUUUGUCAUUAUGGGGUAUUCUGAGGAACAAGGCCACUCCUGUAGGUACAGAAACACAUAUCUAAUCAUAUAUUAUUCUGAGGAACAAGGCCACUCCUGUAGGUACAGAAACACAUAUCUAAUCAUAUAUUAUCCUGAGGCUGUUUAUUAUGGCUGUUUAUUAUUUGAGUUUUCUUCAUAAUUGCACCUUGCAUAUUGUUUUGAUACAGCGUUGAUAAGGCUAUUACUCCUAGCUACAUAUUAAGUUACUACCUAUUAGUAUACUUUGGAAGAAACCCAAACUCCUUGUUCUAAACCAACCAGACUGACAAUUCCUAUUUUCCCCUCCUGAGGUGAAAUACCAUAGAGAUAAUAGUAGCCAGAUAGUGUUCUGUCUCUAUAUGAAAUAGUCUCUGCUCAGGACAACCAGACUGACUCCUAUUCUCUUCUCUCCUUCUGCAGGAAUAAACUCUGAGGUGAAGUAUUCUCUACUCGAGGACAACAGCGGCCACUUCUCAUUAGAAGAGUUCUCCGGUAUCCUGCGCCUGGAGAGGUCGCUGGCCGAAAACACCCGGUCGACCUUUGAACUCAAGGUCAAAGCCACCGACCGGGGGCUUCCCCGACAACUGUACUCCAUUGCCACGGUUACGGUGCAUGUUGUGGACCUGAGCGACUACCAGCCGGUGUUCCUAAGCCAGGAGUACUCCGCCCGGAUCCCAGAAUCCACCCUGGUAGGGUCAGAUGUCAUCAGCGUCUCUGCCCUCACUAGAGACGGAACUGAGACGGAACCCAUCGUCUACUCCAUCGUCUCCGGCAACGAGGGGGGAAGGUUCUACCUGCACCCGGCAACUGGUAAGGUUCUGUUGCAUCACUUCCAGGAGUUCCAUGGGUUAGUAAGGUUCUGUUGCAUCACUUCCAGGAGUUCCAUGGGUUAGUAAGGUUCUGUUGCAUCACUUCCAGGAGUUCCAUGGGUUAGUAAGGUUCUGUUGCAUCACUUCCAGGAGUUCCAUGGGUUAGUAAGGUUCUGUUGCAUCACUUCCAGGAGUUCCAUGGGUUAGUAAGGUUCUGUUGCAUCACUUCCAGGAGUUCCAUGGGUUAGUAAGGUUCUGUUGCAUCACUUCCAGGAGUUCCAUGGGUUAGUAAGGUUCUGUUGCAUCCCUUCCAGGAGUUCCAUGGGUUAGUAAGGUUCUGUUGCAUCACUUCCAGGAGUUCCAUGGGUUAGUAAGGUUCUGUGAGAUUUCAUAAGAUUCCGUAAGGUUCCAUAGAAGGUCUGCUUUCUAUUGACACUCAGAAGUCAUACAUCAGAGCAGUUUUGCACAGCAAGGCAGAGAAAUGACUGAAAGUACAUUGUCACUGCCAGUGCACUUUUGAUAGAUUUUGUAAAGGUCCUGUUGUUAUACACUGUACAGCGAACAGCCACUCUGGAUGAUUAUAAAGUAGUCAUUACUGUAUUGUACUGCCUGGUCCUAUAUAAUGUACCUCGGGAUGCCACCACAAAUGCAGGGAGUUUGUUUUCUCCCUGAUUUGUCUUGGUGUCCAUUCAUUACAAAUCUUCCUCAUAGAGGUUGGUUGGACUGAGCCAAACCAAUCUCUGUAUUAGUUGUCAAACCAUUCAGUAGCCAGGCUUGUCAGCAACUUAAUCCACUGGUGUGUAGUUCCAUCCCAGGAGUAAUCAUCCCACCACACAGCUGUUUUGAUAGAAUUGCCACAUGUGUCAAAGUAAGGAAGUAGCUUUUUUAGCUAUGUAUUAUAUAUUUUAUCAAUGGAGACAGACUUGGAAGGUUAAUGUUAUGUAUUAUAUGUUUUAUCAAUGGAGACAGACUUGGAAGGUGAAUGCUAUGCAAUAUAUGUUUAAUCUCCUGAGUGGCGCAGUGGUCUAAGGCUGUGCCACUAGAGAUCCUGGUUCAAGUCCAGGCUCUGUCGCAGCCGGCCGCGACCGGGAGACCCAUGGGCGGCGCACAAUUGGUCCAGCGUCGUCCAAGGUAGGGGAGGGUUUGGCCGGCAGGGAUGUGGGUUCGUUUCCCAGGGGGGCCAGUAUAAAAAAAUAAAAAUAAUAAUAAAUAAAUAAAAAGUAUGCAUUCACUAACUGUAAGUCGCUCUGGAUAAGAGCAUCUGCUAAAUGACUAAAAUGUAAAUAGGUUAAUACUAUGUAUUAUAUGUUUUAUCAAUGGAGACAGACUUGGAAGCUUAAUGCUCUUUUCUUUUUUUACUUUGGUCUUAGCUAGUCACAUGAAAGAGAACGUUUAGAGGAAUUGUUGUCUUACUUCAGAGCGGAGCCCUGCAGUAUAACACAGUACAUUGGGUUGUUUUCUUUAGUUAGUAUAACUUCAUUUAUUUUUCUCUCUCUUUUCUCAUUGUGACAUCAGCGAAAAUCUGGUGGCACUUCCAACUGAUUAUUUGCUAGCUCAGUUCCAACAUGACCAUGAGUAGAGGUCAGGGUUGAAGUCAGACAAUUCAGGAAGUAAACUGAAAUUCUAAUUCAAUUAUUUAAAAAGUGACAUCUAUUUUCAAUGACUUCUCAAUAAGCUGAAAAAGGAGAAGCUAUUUUUGGAUUUGAAAUUCAAAUCACUUCCUGAAUUAACUGACUUCGAUUAAAAUUGACCCAAACCCGUGCAGAUGGUCAUGUCUAGAUGGGAUACAGCUUUUGUCAAAUUGACGUCAAAAGUAGAUUUAUUUUGCAUGUUAGCUAACCCUUAUCCUUUUCCUAACCUUAACUAGCUCAACAAACAGAGAAGGUGAGGGUUAGCUACUCAACAAACAGACAAGGUGAAGGUUAGCUCUAGAAGUCUUUAACUAGCUCAACAAACAGAAUCGUACCUGUGUGAUAUUAUUGCACAUGUUGAAACCUGGUGGGUUUUUAAAAGGAAUGCAGGUGGCAGUUAUGACUGUUUUUAUGUUGUUAUCUUCUCUUGAAGUGUGUUAACCAGAUUGGCAGAUGGCCAAGGAAUCCAGGAACUAACUCUCUGCCCCAUUUACAUGUGGCUGUUUCUGUAGCAGAGAGAUAGAGAGAUGGAGGGAAGGAAAGAGAUGGAGAAAGAGAGGGGGAAGUGGGAGAGAGAGAGGGGGGGCGAGAAGGAGAGGGGGGAGACAGACAGAGAGUGAGGGGGUGAAAGAGAGAGAGACAGAGAGAGAGAGAGAGAGAGAGAGAGAGAGAGAGAGAGAGAGAGAGAGAGAGAGAGAGAGAGAGAGAGAGAAUUCUCUGGUGUUUGUUUUCAAGUCUGUUUCAUAUUAGUCAUUUUCACAUCAGCCUAUUGGCUGAGUACAACAGCAGUGACAGGUUCCCACCAGGGUACAGAACAGCAAUAGAUGGACCGUGGUGCAUAAAUCCAAUGCACUGUACUGCUGCACUUUGUGGCUUUUGUAACCAUAGCUACAGCAAGGGAUGUUCAGAUGACGUGAGACAAGCCAAAUGUCGAAUAUUUCUAAAAUCACGAUCCAUACCCAAUAUUAUGGCAUACACCUUCCUGCUAUGGACAUCCCUUGUCUAAACUUAACCAAUAAGAAUUAUUUCUGACCUUGAGGCAGAGCUGUCCUUGGAACAAAGUAGAAAGGAAAACUCCAAUCUGCUCAAGACAUGUCCAUGUCUCUACAUCCUGGUACUGUAGUUACCUUGACAUGUCCAUGUCUCUACAUCCUGGUACUAUUUACAGGUAGCACCCAACACCUGUUUGACUGCGAGGCCAAUGACUAGAUUUAUGUUUUUUUGGAAACAGAACACACACACAAUCAGAUAAGAGCUGACAAAAAAACCACAAGGUGGAAACAUGUCAGCGUUUUGUUUUUAAUAAAAGAGCACCACAAGAUUAAUUGAAUACAUUGUUGCUGUGGUCAUCUUUGGAAAUUGCUGUAAUUUUUCAAAUUUUUUUGAAGGCUCAGAACAUAUACUCAAAACCCACAUCUGUCAACCCAGGGCUGUGUUAGUGUGCACAAGACCACGUUAACACGGCCGUCAGAUAAAUGAAUAUGGUUUGUGUUGUGUGUUUUUUCAGGUGUUCUGGCACUGAAUGGCUCUUUGGACUUUGAGUUGUGUCGUGAAUACUACCUGUCAGUGGAGGGGACGAGAGGCAAGUCGACUCUGAGUGACAUCACCAUGGUGAUUAUCAACAUCACAGAUGUCAAUGACAACACGCCCGUGUUCGGACAGAGAGACUACAGAGCUGACAUCUCAGAGGACCUGUGGCCUGGCGAUGUGGUGAUGCAGGUAGCUAUCACUCUCAACUGUCAACUGUCACUUUAGAAACCAGUGAUUGUAAUACACAAUUCAAUGUGUUCAAUGACAAGUAAUUUCCCUGAGGGGACUAUGAAAGUUGUUUUGAAUUUGAAUUUGGCAUUUUGGACAGCAACACAUCAAAGUACUUAGAGAAAAUGGCAGUUUGGUUGAGCUAAUAAUAAUACUACUGUCAUUUCUUUCAAGCAGCUCAGUUCAAUUAGGCUUACUGUUCACUCUUCUCUCCCCACUCCUCUCUCCCCUCUCUUCUCUCUCCCCUCUUCUCUCACUCUCUUCUCUCUCCUCUCCCCCUCUCUCCUCUCUUCUCCCCCUCUCUUCUCUCUCCUCUCCCCCCUCUCCCCCUCUUCUCUCCCCUCCUUCUCUUCCUCUCUUCUCUCCCCCUCUCCUCUCCCCUUCUCCUCAUCCCCCUCUUCUCUCUCCUCUCUUCUCUUCCCACUCUUCUCUUCCCCCUCUUCUCUCUCCUCUCUCCUCUCUUCUCCCCCUCUCUUCUCUCUCCUCUCCCCCCCUCUCCCCCUCUUCUCUCCCCCUCUUCUCUUCCCCUCUCCUCUCCCCUUCUCCCCUCCCCCUCUUUUCCUCCCCCUCUCUUUUCUCCCCCUCUUUUUCUUCUCUCCCCCUCCCCCUCUUUUUCCCCUCCCAUCUCUUCUCUCUCCUCUCUUCUCUUCCCCCUCUUCUCUCUCCCCUCCCUUUUCUCCCCUCUCUUCUCUUCUCCUCUCUCCUCUCUUCUGUCCCCCUCUCUUCUCUUCCCCCCUUCUCUCCCCUCUCUUUCUCUCUUCUCACCCCUCUCUUCUUCCUCUCCUCUCCCCUCUCUUCUCUCCCCUCUCUUCUCUCCCCUCUCUUCUCUUCCCACUCUUCUCUUCCCCCUCUUCUCUCUCCCCUCCUCUCUCUUCUCUCCCCCCUCCUUCUCCCCUCCUCUCCCCCCCUCUCUUCCUCUCCCCUCUCUUCUCUCCCUCUCUUCUCCCCUUCUCCUCUCCCCCUCUUCUCCUCUCCCCCUUUCUCUCCCCUCUCUUCUCUUUCCCUCUCUUUCUUCCCCCUCUUCUCUCCCCCCUUUUCUUCUCUCCCCUCUCUCUUCUCUCUCCUUUUUUUCUGUCCCCUCUCUUCUCUUCCCCCUCUUCUCUCUCCUUCUCUCUCCUCUCCCCCUCUUCUCUCUCUCUCUCCCCUCUCUUUCUCUCUCCCCUCUCUUCCCCCUCUCUCCCCUCUCUUCCUUCCCACUCUUCUCUUCCCCCUUCUCUCUCUCCCCCCCUAUCCCCUCUCCUCUUCUCUCCCCCUCUUCUCUUCCCACUCUUCUUUUCCCCUCUUCUUUCCCCCUCUUUUCUCUCCCCUCUUCUCUUCCCCUCUUCUCUCUCCUCUCUUCUCUUCCCCCUCCUCCCUCUCCCCCCCUUUUUCUCUCCCCCCCUCUUCUCUUCCCCUCCCUCUCCCCCCUCUUCUCGCCCCCCUCUUCCUCUCUCUCUCUUCUCUCUCCCCCCCUUCUUCUCCUCCCCUUCUUCUCUCUCCUCUCUUCUCUCCCCCUCCUUCUCUUUCCUCUCCUUCUCUCCCCCCUGCUCUCCUCUUCUCUCCCCCUUUUCUUCUCCUCCUCUCUUCUCUUCCCCCCUCUCUUCUCUCCUCUCUUCUCUCUUCCUCCCCCCUCUUCUCUUCUCUCCCCCUAUUCUCUUCUGCCCCUUUGCCCUCUUCCCCUCUGUUCUCACUCCAAGGUGAAGCCAACGACCUGGAUGGGCAUUGAACAACCUUAUCCACUAUUCCAUAUCCAGUGGAGACCCUCAGGGUCAGUUCAGCAUCGACCCUCGCAGUGGAGAGAUCAUAGUCAGUGCUACACUGGACAGAGAGGAGGUGAGGGGGGUUUAGUUUGGGCUUUUAUAUGGGAAAGGAAUCACCUGGAAUAGUUGAAAAAACUGCUCAGAACAGGGUUCGCUGGAGAUGCACUGUUGAAGCCCUUUGCUUUAAAAGGAGCCAAGAGAAAGAAGUCUAGAAAGUAGUAGAACACUAAUGUCCUGUAUCUAACUUGUCCCUCUCCCUCUCCCAGAUCACUCACACUAAUAUCCUGUAUCUAACUGGUCCCUCUCCCUCUCCCAGAUCACUCACACUAAUAUCCUGUAUCUAACUGGUCUCUCUCCCUCUCCCAGAUCACUCACACUAAUAUCCUGUAUCUAACUGGUCUCUCUCCCUCUCCCAGAUCACUCACACUAAUAUCCUGUAUCUAACUGGUCCCUCUCCCAGAUCACUCACACUAAUAUCCUGUAUCUAACUGGUCUCUCUCCCUCUCCCAGAUCACUCACACUAAUAUCCUGUAUCUAACUGGUCUCUCUCCCUCUCCCAGAUCACUCACUACUCUCUUACGGUCCAAGCAGCUGAUGAGGGAGACCCUCCUCUGUCUACCGCGGUCCAAGUGACCUUGACCGUGUCCGAUGUCAACGACAACCCACCUAUCUUCUCCCAGAUCAAACACAACCUGGUCCUUCAGGUACCAACACAGGCCACUUCACCUUACACACACACACACCGUUUCCCUCUAUCUCCCUCUACACGAUCAGCAUCCUAACAGCUGGUUAUCCUUGGCUGCAUCUACACACCAGGAAGGCAGGAGUGGAAUGGUCGAGAGCUGAAGAACCAAUCAGGCUUGUGCUGUGACUUUUGGCUAAUUCAUAUUCAAGAUCAUUUAUUGAUUAAUUACUGGAAUAAUUAAUUGAUUUAAUUGAUUUAAUUUAUGUGGUUAUCCUAUCCAAAUUAAUCUAAGAGGGGCACCAUUAAGGGUUUGAUAUAUAGAGAGACCCUUGAAUGAACUCUAUCAGUAGUUAUCAUUAACCGGUAUACCAUUAAUCCUAUAUCAACAAUAGUCUUAAUCAACAGUCAAUUUACUAUGUUCUCACUCUAAAACUUCAUCAAGCUCUGUAACCCUAAUAACCCAAUGAACUCAAUGUCGCAAAUAAUUAAUUCAAGGUUUUAUUUACUAGACAAAAAUAAGUAGGAAAUGAGGUAGUUAACAGAUACAAUAUAGUUGCAGGGUAUAAUGGGAUACAGUGGCUUGCCAAACUAUUCACCCCCCUUGGCAUUUUUCCUAUUUUGUUGCUGUCAAUGUCUGGGUGAAGUGGUGAAACGGAAUCAGGCGCAGGACACAGAACUUAGAAAUGAAUGGAUUUACUAAAACAAAAGUAAACCAUAACAAACCCUCCACGCAGGGAAGAGCAGCACAACAGCUCCCCAAACGACGUAAAACAACGGACAAUCACGCACAAACCCAGGAGGGAAAACAGAGGUAAUUAUAGGGAAAAAAAUAAGCAUAAUGGUUAACAGGUGUGAAUAAUAAAGACAAGACUAGUGUAACACAGAAACAUCGAUCGGUGGCAGCUAGUACUCCGGUGACGACAAACGCUGAAGCCUGCCCGAGCAAGGAGGAGGGGCAGCCUCGGCUGUAUUCAUGACAGUUGCCUUACAACCUGGAAUUAAAAUGGAUUUUUUGGGGGUUUGUAUCAUUUGAUUUACACAACAUGCCUACCACUUUGAAGAUGCAAAAUAUUUUUUUUGGGUGAAACAAACAAGAUAAAUAUAGACAAUAUAAAUGAAACUUGAGCAUGCAUCACUACACUAUUUAGUGCCAUCCAUCAUUCAUUCAAUUCUGACCAGUUUCCCAGUCCCUGCCGAUGAAAAACAUCCCCACAGCAUGAUGCUGCCACCACCAUGCUUCACUGUGGCGAUGGUGUUCUCGGGGUGAUGAGAGGUGUUGGGUUUGCGCCAGACAUAGCAUUUUCCUUGAUGGCCAAAAACUUCAAUUUUAGUCUCAUCUGACCAGAGUACCUUCUUUGAUAUGUUUGGGGAGUCUCCCACAUGCCUUUUGGCGAACACCAAACGUGUUUGUUUAUUUUUUUCUUUAAGCAAUGGCUUUUUUCUGGCCACUCUUCCGUAAAGCCCAGCUCUGUGGAGUGUACAGCUUAAAGUGGUCCUAUGGACAGAUACUCCAAUCUCCCCUGUGGAGCUUUGCAGCUCCUUCAGGGUUAUCUUUGGUCUCUUUGUUGCCUCUCCGAUUAAUGCCCUCCUUGCCUGGUCCGUGAGUUUUGGUGGGCGGCCCUCUCUUGGCAGGUUUGUUGUGGUGCCAUAUUCUUAAAAUUUUUUAAUAAUGGAUUUAAUGGUGCUCCGUGGGAUGUUCAAAGUUUCAGAUAUUUUUUUAUAACCCAACCCUGAUCUGUACUUCUCCACAACUUUGUCCCUGACCUGUUUGGAGAGCUCCUUGGUCUUCAUGGUGCCGCUUGCUUGGUGGUGCCCCUUGCUUAGUGGUGUUGCAGACUCUGGGGCCUUUCAGAACAGGUGUAUAUAUACUGAGAUCAUGUGACAGAUCAUGUAACACUUAGAUUGCACACAGGUGGACUUUAUUUAACUAAUUAUGUGACUUCUGAAGGUAAUUGGUUGCACCAUAUCUUAUUUAGGGGCUUCAUAGCAAAGGGGGUGAAUACAUAUGCAUGCACCACUUUUCCGUUAUUUAUUUUUUUGAAUUCUUUGAAACAAGUACUUUUUUUCAUUUCACUUCACCAAUUUGGACUAUUUUGUGUAUGUCCAUUACAUGGAAUCCAAAUAAAAAUGUAUUUAAAUUACAGGUUGUAAUGCAACAAAAUAGGAAAAACACCAAGGGGGAUGAACACUUUUGCAAGGCACUGUAUGAGCGUAUUACUCUGUAAAACGAGGAAUGCAUUUACUCAAUUCAGCUAAUAGGCUUUAUUAGCUAUGUAAGAAUUAACACUCAAACAAUGACAGUGUACAUGAAACACAUGAUACAUUACAGAAUACACUGAGUAAAUGACUACCAACUAAAUAAGACUUAACAUGGUUACACAUGUCUGAUACACACAGGAGCUUGCUAACAAGUUCUCAAAAUAUGAGCAAAAAUCACUGUCCUUUUAACCAAAUUUAAGCAGGAACUCACCCCCAACCUGAAUUUACAUUUCGUAGCACUUUCCUAGUAAAAACAAUAGACAGGAACAACACAUCCAGAUUCUAAUCUAAUCAACCCAAUUUAAAUAAUAGGAGUCCACAUCUGUGUCGCUCCUCUUUGAACUAUCCGCCGUCCGAUGAACAGAAUAACACAGGUUCUCUGUAACAAAUAAAUCCACACAACUUACUUACAGCACAAUAACAUGUAUAAAAAUUCAUAGCUCUUUAUGAACUCUUGAAACAAUCCAAACAUGACAAUUUAAUUCACACAGUAACAUUUAUUUACUAGCGUCAGUUUCCCCAGGACUUCCGUGGGAACGUCUCAUCCCAGAGUUUUGCAACGGCAAAGGUGUGAGAUGCAAAUACACGGCCGUCCAUCCGGACAAUGCCAUAUUGAAUCAACACGCCAGGCUGGCGUCAGCAUGUCACUAGAGGCAUCUUCAUCACUGGCCUUCAUCCUCCUCCUUCACAUUUGUUCACUCUCUCUAUUUUCUAUUAGCCUUAUCUCUGCCAACACGGCACUGUGUUUCAGUGACCUGUUCCAGCAGUCUCAACUGAAAUGGAACGAUCUGAGGAGAAGGUUAGGUGUGUGUGCUUGCUCUGCCAAAUUGUAGCACAUUGCACAUACACACUAUGGUUUGAGAUCAUCUUCUUUCCAGCACUCAGCCAAGCACUGUAGCAUUCAGGGCAGGUGGAAACUUCAGGCAUUCGCCCUGUAGCAUUCAGGGCAGGUGGAAACGUCCAGCAUUCACUGGAAACCUUUUAAAUGUUUCACUCUUCGAGAUAAGAUCAGAAUGUUUUUGCAAUGUAGUAAAAUCACUAGGGGCUGUCUUGUUUUAGCCCCUUGUGGAACGAGGUGUCAUGGAAGGCUUGACCUAGUUUGUAUGAUAGCAUGACUACAUAACUAAUGAUGGUACCGUAUGUUCCUUGUCAGGAGGGCGAGGCCAUUGGUAGCAGCAUCCUCCAGCUGGUGGUCACAGACAGAGACACCCCUCAGAAUGGACCUCCCUUCACUUUCCACAUCGUGUCUGGGAACGAGGACCGCCGCUUCCACGUGGACCAGGGAGGCCUGUUGUCCAUCUCUGCCCCUCUGAAGAAGAAGAUCAAGCCACAGCACCUACUGAAAAUACAGGUAACGAAUAAUCCUGUAACAAAACGGAUCCCUGCUGGCAAAACAUAUUUACCUGGUUGUAAUCGGUUUAUCUGAUGUAUCUACAGCUGAAGUCGGAAGUUUACUUCCACAUAGGUUGGAGUCAUUAAAACUCGUUUUUCAACCACUCCACACAUUUCUUGUUAACAAACUGUAGUUUUGGCAAGUCGGUUAGGACAUCUACUUUGUGCAUGACACAAGUAAUUUUUCCAACAAUUGUUUACAGACAGAUUAUUUCACUUAUAAUUCACUGUAUCACAAUUCCAAUGGGUCAGAAGUUUACAUACACUUAAUUGACUGUGCCUUUUAAACAGCUUGGAAAAUUCCAGAAAAUGAGGUCAUGGCUUUAGAAACUUCUGAUAGGCUAAUUGACAUAAUUUGAGUCAAUUGGAGGUGUACCUGUGGAUGUAUUUCAAGGCCUACCUUCAAACGCAGUGCCUUUUUGCUUGACAUCAUGGGAAAAUCAAAAGAAAUCAGCCAAGACCUCAGAAACAAAAUUGUAGACCCCCAAAAGUCUGGUUCAUCCUUGGGAGCAAUUUCCAAACGCCUGAAGGUACCACGUUCAUCUGUACAAACAAUAGUACACAAGUAUAAACACCAUGGGACCACGCAGCCGUCAUACCGCUCAGGAAGGAGACGCGUUCUCUCUCCUAGAGAUGAACAUACUUUGGUGUGAAGAUGCUGGAGGAAACAGGUACAACAGUAAAACAAGUCCUACAUCGACAUAACCUGAAAGGCCGCUCAGCAAGGAAGAAGCCACUGCUCCAAAACCACCAUAAAAAAGCCAGACUACGGUUUGCAACUGCACAUGGGGACAAAGAUCGUACUUUUUGGAGAAAUGUCCUCUGGUCUGAUGAAACAAAAAUAUAACUGUUUGCCAUAAUGACCAUCGUUGUGUUUGGAGGAAAAAGGGGGGUCUUGCAAGCCGAAGAACACCAUUCCAAACCGUGAAGAACGGUGGUGGCAGCAUCAUGCUUUGGGGGUGCUUUGCUGCAGGAGGGACUGGUGUUCACAAAAUGGAUGGCAUCAUGAGGAAGGAAAAUUAUGUGGAUAUAUUGAAGGAACAUCUCAAGACAUCAAUCAGGAAGUUAAAGCUUGGUCGCAAAUGUAUCUUCCAAAUGGACAAUGACCCCAAGCAUACUUCCAAAGUUGUGGCAAAAUGGCUUAAGGACAACGAAUUCAAGGUAUUGGUGUGGCCAUCACAAAGCCCUGACCUCAAUCCUAUAGAAAAUGUGUUGGCAGAACUGAAAAAGCAUGUGCGAGCAAGGAGGCCUACAAACCUGACGUCAGUUACACCAGCUCUGUCAGGAGGAAUGGGCCAAAAUUCACCCAACUUACUGUGGGAAGCUUGUGGAAGGCUACCCAGAAACGUUUGACCCAAGUUAAACAAUUUAAAGGCAAUGCUACCAAAUACUAAUUGAGUGUAUGUAAUCUUCUGACCCACUGGGAAUGUGAUGAAAGAAAUAAAAGCUGAAAUAAAUCAUUCUCUCUACUAUUAUUCUCUCAUUUCACAUUCUUAAAAUAAAGUGGUGAUCCAAACUGACCUAAAACAGGGAAUUCUUACUAGGAUUAAAUGUCAGGAAUUGUGAAAAACUGAGUUUAAAUGUAUUUGGCUAAGGUGUAUGUAAACCUCCGACUUCAACUGUACAUGCCUACUGGUUAUUUGGGAUGUCAAAAUGGACUCAAACUUUCUACAUACACAGUACUAGCAGAUACUGACAUUAGCAGAUACUGACAUUAGCAGAUACUGACAUUAGAUAAUGUAUGCUUCUAUUCAUGUCCUUACCUUAGGUGACAGACAGCGGUCACCCUCCUCUCUCCUCCAUCUGUGUGGUGAAGAUCAACGUCACUGAGCAGAGCAAGUACCCUCCUUCGGUGAUGCCCCUGGAAGUCUUCAUCAGCACCACAGGAGACAGCUUCUCCAACCGAGUCAUAGGCAAGCUCCAUGCCUCCGACCAGGACCUGCACGACAUCCUACACUACAAGCUGGUCUCGGAGUCUCCCGGUGGGGGAGACCCAGGGCCGAGCUCAGGCCCCUCUGGAGGCCUCUCCAGGUUCUCUGUGGACCUGGUGGAUGGGAAGAUCUGGGCCGACGAAGACCUGAAACCUGGCCUCUACUCCCUCAAUGUCAGCGUCUCCGAUGGGAAGUUCAGCGUGUGGGCCGGGGUGAAGGUCCAUGUGUGGAAACCCACCCAGCAGGCCCUGGACGCAGGGCUCACUCUGCAGCUGGAUGGGUUUUCCCCGGAGGAGUUCCUGGGGCACCACUGGAGAGGCCUCCAGAGGAGUCUCAGCACAGCCCUGGGUAUAGCCAGGCAAGACCUCCAUCUGGUGAGCCUACAGCAGCAACCCAACUCCCUGGUCCUGGAUGUUCUGCUGCUAUGGAGGCCACAUGGUGGAAAUGUAGAACCGUUUCCAACCAACCGGCUGGCAGGGAUCAUCGCUGACAUAGAAGACUCGUUGGGACUGAGUGUUCUCAGGGUGCAUCAUAAUGGGUGUCUAGGGACAGAAUGCCCUCCUAGAGGAUGCAGGAACUCAGUCCAGAUGAGAGGGGAGAGGCUGAGCCACUACGCCACAGCCAGGGCCGGCUUCAUCACCCCACAACACACCUGGGAGAGUGUCUGCUCCUGCAACGGUAGGUGUAACGGAGGUGGUUUGGUGGCUCGUCAAGGUUACUUAUCAAGCUUGUGUGAGACGUGCCCGAGAUGUGAAGAAUUGCAUUAGCUCGCCAAGUCAAUGCCUAGGCUUUGGUAUAGUGGGCUAACGCGUACUUUGAGCACACAGUAGACCUGGGUUUGAACCCUAUCUGUCAAAUAGGCUCCGACCUCUCUAUGAUCAUAGUAGGCGCCUGAAGUCACCCCCUUCAUGAUCUAACUCACUUCACAUUCCUAUGGGGAUUAGCUGGGUGCAGAAGGCAGCUUGGGGCCUCCAGGAUAGUACUAGUGAUUAUCUGCUUGUUGUGGGUCUUCUGUUGUCUGCCUGGCAGACAUAUUUAGUGGAGGUAUUCCAUUGAGGUUAUCACCUCUUUCUUUACACUGUUUUGGCUAAACCCAAAGCCUCAACAAACCAAAUAUAGUAUCUCUAGGAAAGCGCCAUGGAAGAUCUGAGGCUGAAACAAAAUACAUGAAGGAAUUAUUUUAUUUUAUUACAUUAUUUGUAUGAACUUUGAAAGAUUCCUACAUGAAAGUCUGUUUGAUCAAGCAGAUUUUGAUUAUGAGAACAAAUUUGAGUGACUAUUCCUCAGAUAGGCCAGAUAGUCAUCCACAAUGAGUGUUUUAAAUAUUAGGCCUACAUGUUAACUAGACGUGUUCUUGACGAAAUCACACAAAUCACAUUUAAACAUUUGCACUGUUUUUCCAACUUCAGAGUCUGCCGUGAGUUUUGACGGGAACGGCUAUCUGAAAUACCUGUACCCGACGGAGGAGGAGGAGAAUCAGAACUUCCGUCUCUCUCUUCACAUCAAGACCGUCCAGCAACAAGGCAUUGUCAUGAAUACCAAUGCAACCAACUGGGGGACCUUGAAGGUAUUGUAAAGCGUUCAUUAUUAUCAGAGAUCAAGAAACACACAUUGUUAUUUACUUUUGCAGUCUCUCAUAGCUCAUUCAAUCAGUUCAAUGUGAUUUACAGCCCAUUUUACAUCAGUGCUCUACAGUAUCAUGCAUACAAUUGUAAAUUGUAUUGCACUACAUUAUAAUCAGAGAUCAUAAAAGCAACAUAUUCAUUUUCCUUGGCUUUCCCCCAGUACUGUUGCAGACAUUGUGUUUAUAGAAUAUAUGCCCUAAUCUAAAUGCCUGAUUGCAUAUCAGAUGGCUGUGUUUAUCCGGAAGAGAACAUUCCGGUGUGGAUUCCAGGCUCAAUCACACUGGUCUCUUAUCACAUCAGUCACUCGGCUGGCUUUGUCUGUGUCAGUUGAUCAAUGGGAACUUUUUAACUGAUCCAACCGUGUUGUGGUGAGGGCUGUCUCCAUCUCCAUGUCCCCGUUCCCAUCAGUUCUUUCAUAGCCUGGUCCCAGAUCUGUGUGCUGCUUUGACAAGCUCAAUACUCUGAGUUUAAUUUUUUUUUUUUUUAAAGGACCAGCACAUCCUUCAUACACUUCUCUGGAAUUGAAAUUUAGUUCAAGACUUAAGUUUAAGAGUUGGCAAGACAUCACAAAAACAGAUCUGGUACGUAGGCUAAUUGUUGCUGGGGUUUGGAAUGUUGAGCUAGAGUCAGCUUGGGGCUGAUGUAGUUUUACCACAUAAAGUUUAAAGGGAAUAUUAAAUGAUUGUGCAUUUUGAUGAGAGGAAUGAAGAAUCCUCAGUGCUCAGAUGAAACUCCUUGGCCUGCACUUGAAAUACACGCAUGCAACACAUCUCCCAAUGGAUUUUUCUUCAUUUGUGUGACAUUGAAUUCACGUAAUAGAUAGAAUAUUCCAUUUGUUCACGCUUUAAAUAUCAAAAGUAGCAUUCACUUUUUCCAUUAUUUGGUCUACCUCUGGGUUUUAUAUUCCUGGCACAUGGGUCCCUUUUAUUGUAAGAAAAUUGCUUCAAAAGGAAUUGCUAAACAUGGUUAUCAAUGUAUGUGUUUCCCUUGAGAGUUAGGCUUCACCGCACCUUGAACAAAUUCUUAUCAAUUCCCAAAUCUCAUCAAUAUUCUAAAAGAAAAAAGGGAGCAUCCAUCCUUCAGAAACGUCUGAAAUGGAAGUUAAGUUUAGGACCUGCUGUACCAAUCACCGGCUAAAUCUUUUUCAUGUAUUCCACAUCUUUUAACUAAAUUACCUUUGAAGUGGAAAUGAUUUUACCAAUUUGAAUAAAACCACCCGUGACAAGCCUGUGGAGAACGAAGAAAAGGAGGACUUGUCAGUUAAAACCACUUUAACAAUAGUGACAGCUUAGAUCUGUUUGUGUUUGUAUUUGUAUUUAUUACGGAUCCCCAUUAGCGGCUGCCAAGGCAGCAGCUACUCUUCCUGGGGUCCAACCACAACUUACAUACAAUAAAACAAUACCUAACACAACACCUUAUUAGACACUACUCUACCAUAACAUAUUUACAAUACAAAAUCAAUAAUACAGCAAAAUAACAAUAUCAAAAUGUGUGUGUGUAGAGUGCGUGUGUUAGUAUGUGUUUGCGAAUGCUGUGUGUGUGCCUGUAUGUGUGUGUGUGUCUCUUCACAGUCUGCGCUGUACCAGAAUGUGUAGUUUUAUCUGUUUUUUCAAUCUGAUUUUAUUGCUUGACUGAGUUACAUGAUGUGGAAUAGAGUUCCAUGUAGUCAUGGCUCUUUCCCAAGUCCCUCCUUGUGGCACCUGACCACACUACUGAACAGUAGUCCAGGUGCGACAAAACUAGGGCCUGUAGGACCUGCCUUGUUGAUAGUGCUGUUAAGAAGGUAGAGUAGCGCUUUAUUAUGGACAUACUUCUCCCCAUCUUAGCUACUGUUGUAUCAAUAUGCUUUGACCACGACAGUUUACAAUCCAGGGUUACUCCAAGCAGUUUAGUCACCUCAACUUGCUCAAUUUCCACAUUAUUCAUUAUGAGAUGUAGUUGAGGUUUAGGGUUUGGUGAAUGAUUUGACCCAAAUACAAUGCUUUUAGUUUUGGAAAUAUUCAGGACUAACUUAUUCCUUGUCACCCAUUCCGAAACUAACUGCAACUCUUUAUUAAGUGUUGCAGUUAUUUCAGUUGCUGUAGCAGCUGACGUGUAUAGUGUUGAGUCAUCCGCAUACAUAGACACUCUGGCUUUACUCAAAGCCAGUGGCAUGUUGUUAGUAAAGAUGGAAAAAAGUAAAGGGCCUAAACAGCUGCCCUGGGGAAUUCCUGAUUCUACCUAGAUUCAGUUUGAGAGGCUUCCAUUAAAGAACACCCUCUGGGUUCUGUUAGCUCAGUUGGUAGAGCAUGUCGUUUGCAACAGCAGGGUUGUGGGUUCGAUUCCCAUGUGGGGCCAGUAUGAAAAAAUAAAAUGUAUGCACUCACUUAACUGUAAGUCGCUCUGGAUAAGAGCGUCUGCUAAAUGACUAAAAUGUAACUCUUUAUCCACAUUAUAGCAGGGGGUGUAAAGCCAUAACACAUACAUUUUUCCAGCAGCAGACUAUGAUUGAUAAUGUCAAAAGCCGCACUGAAGUCUAACAAAACAGCCCCAUAUUAUUAUCAAGGAGAAGUGUGCUAGAAAGACACGGUAAAGAAGCAGAUAGUCUUUAAUGCUACUGGUCACAGUGGCUGUAGAGGACACCCUCAGAUCAUAAACAUCUCCUGCGGGGAGCUAGCCCACCUCCAGGGCCCAUAGGUCUCCGGUAAAAAGUAGUGCACUAAAUAGGGAACAGGGUUCCAUUUUGGACGUAAUCGGUGUACACGCUGAACACAGUAAUUUGAUUUUUCCCUAACUGGAGUUGAUUCACGUCAGGUUCGCCUGGUAUGGUCUGUAUGUCAGGCAGUCUGAGCUGUUUGAAGUAUCGUAGCUCCUCUCUCCAAAAAGAGGGAAGUGGAUCCUUUUAUUCCCAUGUUAGCUCCAUACUGAAGCGUCAGCUGAAUCAAUUUAUUCACUAAUGGCAAGAAAAUAAGUAUCUUUAAUCUUUCCCUCUAGGUGCAGUGUUUAACUUUCAUGCCAUUUACAUCUGUGUGGCUUUGGGUUGGUAUCAGACUUGGGUAAAAUGCAUGUGUCAAAUGACUUUCAAAUACUUGGCUGCGAUUGAUUUAGUUUGCCCGGUAGGCCUACAACUGAACCAAUGGAAUAGUCACAAAAGCAAAGCUAACUCUAAGCUAAAUCAAGCACUCCCCAAAUACUCUCUAAGACAUGUACAGUAUAACUGUUUGACUCAGGAUAGGCCUGGUCGGUACAGGGUUACAUGAUGAGUCACUCUAUACAGGAGCAGCAUGAGAGGGGCAUGACAUUUGAUGGUGUUUGACACUACCGUACAAUCCGCUUGAUUGAGUAGAGGACCCCCCCCCCCCGGCUAUGAAAGUAAAGCACUAAAAUAUGCCUGCUAAAUGCUGCCCAGCCUAUUAACCUAGCAGCCUAGAAACCUAGCAACCUAGCAACCUAGCAACCUAGCAGCCUAGCAAUCUAGCAACCUAGCAACCUAGCAACCUAGCAACCUAGCAGCCUAGCAGCCUAGCAACCUAGCACUGUGCUAGUUCAACAUCUCCACAAAACUCUCAGAAGAUUCUGCUGCAGUAGAAGCCCAGCAGCUACUAUUCCUGGGGUCCACACUAAACAUAAAACAUGACAUAAUACAGAACAUUAAUAGACAAUAACAGCUCAAGGACAGCACUACAUCAUGUAAAGGUUCAUGUAAAGUAAAGUUGAGGUUCAUGUAAAGGUUCAUGUGAAGUAAAGUUGAGGUUCAUGUGAAGUAAAGUUGAGGUUCAUGUAAAGGUUCAUGUGAAGUAAAGUUGAGGUUCAUGUGAAGUAAAGUUGAGGUUCAUGUAAAGGUUCAUGUGAAGUAAAGUUGAGGUUCAUGUGAAGUAAAGUUGAGGUCCAUGUAAAGGUUCAUGUGAAGUAAAGUUGAGGUUGAUGUAAAGGAAAGUUGAGGUUCAUGUAAAGGAAAGUUGAGGUUGAUGUAAAGGAAUGUUGAGGUUCAUGUAAAGGAAAGUUGAGGUUGAUGUAAAGUACAGUUGAGGUUGAUGUAAAGUAUACAGGUGUACUGUCGUGGGUGUGUCUACAGUGUUAGGAGGAGCAGUGUUCUGCACGUUUGUGCUGAUGUGUUCUCUUCUAUUGUCUUCCACAGCUGAUGGGUGGAGAGUUGAGGUUCAUGUACCUCUGUGGAAACAUGCUCCCGGCUUCCCUGCGUGUCCACACAGCCCCAGUGGUGUCAGACGGGCGGUGGCACCACGUCCUUCUGGAGGUCAACGGCACCGUCCUCAGACUCACCCUGGACCACGUUCACUCAACCCAGGUCGUCCUCUCUGAACCCUGCCAUCUGAUGCAGCCCCAUGGGGCUCUGAUCCUCGCUGGCCCCCCUGGCCCUGGUUCUUCUCCCACCACCACCACCUCUAGAGAAACCCAGGCCAUGGCCCAGACCCAGGCACAAGGCUUGGCAGGAUGCCUGGACGGUAUGGAGCUGAAUGGGGAGCCUAUCAGGACAGCGGAAUGAUAAAGGAGUGGAAUGGGCCUGGGGGAGGUAAGGGUGUUUGGGGUCUUACCAGUGCUGCGUCAACCAGGUCAUGAUGAACAGCUGUGCCAGUACACCCUUGUCUGAAUGAGGAACGCUGUGAGGAGGGAUCAAAUUGAGGUCAAGUUUUCUUAACCUUGGGAUACUUGUAUCACUCCCCCAAUAGUGUUCAAAGUUCCUACAAAUAAUACUGUAGCCUCUACCCACACACAAUAGCAUACUGUAGCCCUACCACAAACAAACUACUGUAAGACUUACCACAACACAAUACAUAUGUAAGCCCUAACAUUAUGCAAAUGCAUACUGUGCCUCUACCACAACAAAUAGCAGUAAGCCUCUACCACAACACAAAUAGUUACUUUACCCACACAACACAAAAUAGCAUUACUGGUAAGCCUCUACCCACAACACAAAUAGCAUACUGAUCCCAAACACAAUAGCAUACUGUAAGCCUCUCUCUUACCCCACAACACAAAUAGCAUAUGUUUCCCACAACACAAAAGCAUACUGUAAGGCCUUUUACCCACAACACAAAUAGCAAUACUGUAAGCCUCUUACCCACAACCACAAAUGCAUACUGCUUACCACAACACAAAUAGAUACUGUUUAACCAAAAUAGCUUCCCACUAACCAAAAGCAUACUGUAACUCAAAUAGCAUACUGUAAGCCUCUACCCACAACACAAAUAGCAUACUGUAAGCCUCUACCCACAACACACUAAGCAUUCUGUAAGCCUCUACCCACAACACACUAAGCAUUCUGUAAGCCUCUACCCACAACAUUCAAGGUAGCAACAAAGCCUACAGGUUUAGAGAAAACGUCAGUGUUGUUUAUUGAUAUUUGUUCUGAGAUGUAACUAUACUUAUGGUACAUUGUCUAGCAUCCCUUCAACAACAACUGAUUUUUCCCUCUGCGAGGGUGGACAUUCAAUCACCAAUAUGAGAAUACAAUGUUGAACAAACUACAGUGUCUGAACAGAUUGGAGGAGUGAUCUAGUCUAGUCUAUAAAAUAUUAUCAUAAUUGUUCUACCGGGAAGUUCAAAUAGAGUACUUAGGUGCAAACUGAAUAACCAGGCCUCACAACAACUGGAUGUAACCAAACUUUCUUUACAAAAAUCUCUACCCUAUAUUCCACUUUUUGAAAUAGUUUGUAUCCUAUCCUUCAUUAGAAUCCCUCUGUUGUUAAUGAGAGAGUAAGAGAACUUUCAUGGUGUUCUAGAACUUUGACCAUCUUCAGUAGGCUGAUCUCUCUUCCUGUUUAUAUGUUGAUUUACCCUCCAGGGUUCCGCUGCAGCUGUCCAGAACCCUUCAAUGGCCCUCGCUGUGAGCUGGACAACAACCCCUGUGCCUCCCAGCCCUGCGCCCACGGUGGGGUGUGCGUGCCAAAGAGUCAAGGUUACAUCUGCAACUGCCAACUGCAUAUGGCUGGAAGCAGGUACAGUUGAAGUCGGAAGUUUACAUACACCUUAGCCAAAAACAUUUAAUCCUAGUAAAUAUUCCCUGUCUUAGGUCUGUUAGGAUCACCACUUUAUUUUAAGAAUGUGAAAUGUAGUAGAAAUAAUUAUUUAUAUAAGCUUUUAUUUCUUUCAUCACAUUCCCAGUGGGUCAGAGGUUUACAUACACUCAAUUAGUAUUUGGUAGCAUUGCCUUUAAAUUGUUUAACUUGGGUCAAACGUUUCGGGUAGCCUUCCACAAACUUCCCACAAUAAGUUGGGUGUAUUUUGGCCCAUUCCUCCUGACAGAGCUGGUGUAACUGAGUCAGGUUUGUAGGCCUCCUUGCUAGCACACGGUUUUUCAGUUCUGACCACACAUUUUCCAUAGGAUUGAGGUCAGGGCUUUGUGAUGGCCACUCCAAUACCUUGACUUUGUUGUCCUUAAGCCAUUUUGCCACAACUUUGGAAGUAUGCUUGGGGUCAUUGUCCAUUUGGAAGACCCAUAUGCGACCAAGCUUUAACUUCCUGACUGAUGUCUUGAGAUGUUGCUUCAAUAUAUCCACAUAAUUGUCCUUCCUCAUGAUGCCAUCUAUUUUGUGAAGUGCACCAGUCCCUCCUGCAGCAAUGCACCCCCACAGCAUAAUGCUGCCACCACCGUGCUUCACGGUUAGGAUGGUGUUCUUCGGCUUGCAAGACCCCCCUUUUUCCUCCAAACAUAACGAUGGUCAUUAUGGCCAAACAGUUAUAUUUUUGUUUCAUCAGACCAGAGGACAUUUCUCCAAAAAGUACGAUCUUUGUCUCCAUGUGCAGUUGCAAACCGUAGUCUGGCUUUUUUAUGGCGGUUUUGGAGCAGUGGCUUCUUCCUUGCUGAGCGGCCUUUCAGGUUAUGUCGAUAUAGGACUCGUUUUAGUGUGGAUAUAGAUACUUUUGUACCUGUUUCCUUCAGCAUCUUCACAAGGUCCUUUGCUGUUGUUCUGGGAUUUAUUUGCACUUUUUGCACCAAAGUACGUUCAUCUCUAGGAGACAGAACGCGUCUCCUUCCUGAGCGGUAUGACGGCUGCGUGGUACCAUGGUGUUUAUAAUUGCGUACUAUUGUUUGUACAGAUGAACGUGGUACCUUCAGGCAUUUGGAAAUUGCUCCCAAGGAUGAACCAGACUUGUGGAGGUCUACAAUUUUUUUUCUGAGGUCUUGGCUGAUUUCUUUUGAUUUUCCCAUGAUGUCAAGCAAAGAGGCACUGAGUUUGAAGGUAGGCCUUGAAAUACAUCCACAGGUACACCCACACCCGUCGCUAUGGGCGGGCCAUAGGGGGCCGGGCCCGCCCCCAAAAAUGCUUGUGCCCCCCCCCACUUGAGGGAAUUUAUUAUUAAAUAUACGUACUGUAGGCUAAUAAUAACUGUGCCCUGCCCUCCCAUGCAUUUCAUAUGCCCCCCUUAAGUCUGAGGUCUGGCGACGGGUCUGGGUACACCUCCAAUUGACUCAAAUGAUGUCAAUUAGCCUAUCAGAAGCUUCUAAAGCCACAUCAUUUUCUGGAAUUUUCCAAGCUGUUUAAAGGGACAGUCAACUUAGUGUAUGUAAACUUCUGACCCACUGGAAUUGUGAUACAGUGAAUUAUAAGUGAAAUAAUCUGUCUGUAAACAAUUGUUGGAAAAAUUACUUGUGUCAUGGACAAAGUAGAUGUCCUAACCGACUUGCCAAAACUAUAGUUUGUUAACAAGAAAUUUGUGCAGUGGUUGAAAAACGAGUUUUAAUGACUCCAACCUAAGUGUACGUAAACUUCCGACUUCAACUGUAUGUAUCUCUCACACAGCAAUCCCUCCCAUCCCUGAAGCCUCGGUAUUAACACACUGUUAGCUUUCCCCCCACACACUUCUCCGAUGACGACGUCAAGAAAUCAACUUAAUUUACAAGAUAAUUAGUGUUUGCAUGUUGAGGACAAAAAGACCCACACAUUAUUAUACCACCUUCUAGUGUUGACGUUUCUCUCAGCUUUAAGACCUCCCCACCUACCAUAUAGUACAGUUGUUCUGAUUCUUUAAGUCCUCCCCACCUACCAUAUAGUACAGUUGUUCUGAUUCUUUAAGUCCUCCCCACCUACCAUAUAGUACAGUUGUUCUGAUUCUUUAAGUCCUCCCCACCUACCAUAUAGUACAGUUGUUCUGAUUCUUUAAGUCCUCCCCACCUACCAUAUAGUACAGUUGUUCUGAUUCUUUAAGUCCUCCCCACCUACCAUAUAGUACAGUUGUUCUGAUUCUUUAAGUCCUCCCCACCUACCAUAUAGUACAGUUGUUCUGAUUCUUUAAGUCCUCCCCACCUACCAUAUAGUACAGUUGUUCUGAUUCUUUUUGGUUAGUCAUGGAAUGUUACCAAUGGCGUGCUCCUAGUCUCAUUGGUUCAGGGACUGAUUAAGCCUAAUUCUGCUGUUUGUCCUCUUUCCUUGGAAAAGGAGCUUCAAGGGAAAAGCCUAAUUUCCGUUCUUUGCAAGAUAAUGGACAAUAAAGUAUUCUUCUUCUUUAGGUGUCAGAGCCUAAUCGACAGAUGCUCUCCCAACCCGUGUCUAGGAGGGUAUAACUGUACCUUUUCUGGGGGCUCCACCCACUGCGACCCUCUGCCCCAGGUAUUGUGCCAUGCUAAACUACAGUACCCAUAAUGCUCUGUGUAUCUGGUUUUAGUAGGUGUAGGGUGAAGUUGCCCUAGACCAGGGGUGUCAAACUCAUUCCAUGGAGGGCCUAGUGUCAUCUGUACCAGGUGAGGGGAUUCCUUUACUAAUCAGUGACCUUAAUUCAUCAACCAAGUACAAGGGAGGAGGGAAAACCCGCAGACACUCGGCCCUCCGUGGAAUGAGUUAACCCGCAGACACUCGGCCCUCCGUGGAAUGAGUUAACCCGCAGACACUCGGCCCUCCGUGGAAUGAGUUAACCCGCAGACACUCGGCCUCCGUGGAAUGAGUUAACCCGCAGACACUCGGCCCUCCGUGGAAUGAGUUAACCCGCAGACACUCGGCCCUCCGUGGAAUGAGUUAACCCGCAGACACUCGGCCCUCCGUGGAAUGAGUUAACCCGCAGACACUCGGCCCUCCGUGGAAUGAGUUAACCCGCAGACACUCGGCCCUCCGUGGAAUGAGUUAACCCGCAGACACUCGGCCCUCCGUGGAAUGAGUUAACCCGCAGACACUCGGCCCCUCCGUGGAAUGAGUUAACCCGCAGACACUCGGCCCUCCGUGGAAUGAGUUAACCCGCAGACACUCGGCCCUCCGUGGAAUGAGUUAACCCGCAGACACUCGGCCCUCCGUGGAAUGAGUUAACCCGCAGACACUCGGCCCUCCGUGGAAUGAGUUAACCCGCAGACACUCGGCCCUCCGUGGAAUGAGUUAACCCGCAGACACUCGGCCCUCCGUGGAAUGAGUUAACCCGCAGACAUCGGCCCUCCGUGGAAUGAGUUAACCCGCAGGACACUCGGCCCUCCGUGGAAUGAGUUAACCCGCAGACACUCGGCCCUCCGUGGAAUGAGUUAACCCGCAGACACUCGGCCCUCCGUGGAAUGAGUUAACCCGCAGACACUGGCCCUCCGUGGAAUGAGUUAACCCGCAGACACUCGGCCCUCCGUGGAAUGAGUUAACCCGCAGACACUCGGCCCUCCGUGGAAUGAGUUAACCCGCAGACACUCGGCCCUCCGUGGAAUGAGUUAACCCGCAGACACUCGGCCCUCCGUGGAAUGAGUUAACCCGCAGACACUCGGCCCCCUCCGUUGGAAUGAGUUUAACCCGCAGACACCUCGCCCCUCCGUGGAAUGAGUUCAACCCGCCCGACCACUCGGCCCUCCGGAUGGGAAUGAGUUCAACCCGCAGACACUCGGCCCUCCGUUGGACUGAGUAACCCGCAGCAAACUCGGCCCUCCGUGGAAUGAGUUAACCCGUGGCAGACACUCGGCCCUCCGUGGAAUGAGUUAACCCGCAGACACUCGGCCCUCCGUGGAAUGAGUUAACCCGCAGACACUCGGCCCUCCGUGGAAUGAGUUAACCCGCAGACACUCGGCCCUCCGUGGAAUGAGUUAACCCGCAGACACUCGGCCCUCCGUGGAAUGAGUUAACCCGCAGACACUCGGCCCUCCGUGGAAUGAGUUAACCCGCAGACACUCGGCCCUCCGUGGAAUGAGUUAACCCGCAGACACUCGGCCCUCCGUGGAAUGAGUUAACCCGCAGACACUCGGCCCUCCGUGGAAUGAGUUAACCCGCAGACACUCGGCCCUCGUGGAAUGAGUUAACCCGCAGACACUCGGCCCUCCGUGGAAUGAGUUAACCCGCAGACACUCGGCCCUCCGUGGAAUGAGUUAACCCGCAGACACUCGGCCCUCCGUGGAAUGAGUUAACCCGCAGACACUCGGCCCUCCGUGGAAUGAGUUAACCCGCAGACACUCGGCCCUCCGUGGAAUGAGUUAACCCGCAGACACUCGGCCCUCCGUGGAAUGAGUUAACCCGCAGACACUCGGCCCUCCGUGGAAUGAGUUAACCCGCAGACACUCGGCCCUCCGUGGAAUGAGUUAACCCGCAGACACUCGGCCCUCCUGAGCCCUAGACGCUGAUCUUGUGUCAGUUUAGCUAAUGGUGUUUUGGUAAAGCCAGGGCCGGCUCCAGGCAUAAACGACAGAAGCGGACACUUAGGGCCCCAGGGCCCCAGGGUCUCAAACUUCUUGUUGAGAGUAGAAUAGUAGAACACACAAGGUGCAAGUUUCACAUUUGGUUGUGCAUCAGCAGUUUUUCUAUUGUUAUGUCAGUCACUGACAGUCACUCAACGAGCCAUGUCAGCUAACAAUUUUUAGAUUAGUAAGUUAGUCUAGCCAGUUACUUGUAGUCAUCUCCGAAUACCGACCGGCCACACAGGGCACGUGCCCAGGGGCCUUGACCUCCAGGGCGCCCCCAUUGAUUGUGUUAGUCACUCAGAUAUCAUUAACAUGGCAGAAUGUGUAGAAUGGACUGACAUUUUCUUUAAAACUGCUAAAAUGUCUCUCCACCCCAUGGCAAAAUGGGUAGAACUGCAGAAAACUUGCUUUAAAAUUGCAAAAUUUUGUCUACGCCACAUGGCAAAAAAAAUGAAAUUGCAGGAAAUAAACAUUACGAUUUUUUUUUUUUACUCCGCCGUCAAGAGUGAGUCCACAAAUGUUUUUUGACCACUUGGUUGGGGGGGAGGGGGGGGCCUUAGCUGGCCCUGAGUAAAGCUUACCAAAAGGUGUCCCAUCUCCUCAUCAAUACAGGUGUCCGCCGGGCUGGGCUACAUCGAGAUCGUGGAGAUCUGUGCCAGCUUGACGGGGGUUUUCUUCCUGGUCGGUGUCUUCGUCUGCGUCUACAAACGCUAUGUCCAACAGAAGAAGAAGCAUGUCUGUGUUCAGGACUCCAACGGUUACUUCCAACCCAGUCUGGCCAAAUCCAUGAUGGCCGACACUCCAGAGGUCAGCCCAAUAGAGAUGAGCACGCUGAUAGGUUCCGGUAACGACCUGGAUAACAGUCCCUUCAGGUCUCUGAGGCCUCACAGCCAGAUGGACCUGGGGCUGGGGUCCCAGGUAAGCCUAAGGGCCGGGAAGCAGAAGCCACAAGGGCCUGUGGUGUGUAGUGUGGCCCCCAUCCUCCCUACUCCACCUUUAUCCAUCUCUGACAACGAGUCCCUCAGGAAACACCACUGGGAUCAGGACUAUGAAGGUGAGUUAAUUGAAAAUUAAUUAUAUAAAAGUUAAUAAUCCCCAGAGGGGAAAUUGGAGUAGAUACCAGCUGUCUGAGUUGUUAAUUGAUUGAUAACUGUGGUAGUAGCUUACUAGACAUGCCUUGCCGGUCUUCACUUUAUCCCAAAAUAAGUGACAGCAUUUAAUUGACAUGACCGAUGAGACACACAAAAGGUAAAGUGUCUGAAGGUGAAUGUGUCAUGAUUUAACUGGAUUUGAACCCAAAUGCAGACAACUACACCGAGCCAGAGAAGGUUUAACAGGUUUAUUUACAAAGUUCAAUUUGUCCAGGUUUCCAAUAAUAGGGGAAGAGCAAGUCCAGGUUUACAGGGAGGGUAACAGAUCCAGGUUCAGAGCAGGUGUGGUACCGUAAUGUCCUAGUGUCCGUGGUGAGUCCAAAAGGGAGGUCCGGUAGUGGAAAGCAGGAUGGUGGUGGCAGGAGUGAAGCGGAGGCAGGAGUCAGGUUCCAAUAAUAUGGUCGUCUUGACUAUGAUCUGACGAUGAGUGGCAAGUUUGACCGGGUCUUAAAGGCUGAGGUGAUUAUGGUGAAUGAGCUGCAGCUGGAACCCUGACUCCCGCACACCAGACUUCACUCCUGCAAUCAAGGACAGACAGAGGGGAGGGGGAGAGCAGAGAGAGAGCUACCUAGCAGCAGUAGGCCUAACAGGGAGAGGGGAGGGGGAGAGCAGAGAGAGAGCUACCUAGCAGCAGUAGGCCUAACAGGGAGAGGGGAGGGGGAGAGCAGAGAGAGAGGAGAGAGCAGACGAGAGAGUACCUGCAGUAGGCCUAACAGGGAAGGGGAGGGGGAGAGCAGAGAGAGAGCUUACCUAGCAGCAGGAGGCCGAACAGGGAGAGGGAGGGGGAGAGCAGAGAGAGAGGAGCUACCUAAAGUCAAGAGUAGGCCUACAGGGAGAGGGGAAGGGGGAGAAAAAAGCAGAGAGAGAGCCUACCUAGCAGCAGUAGCCUAGGCCUAACAAGGGAGAGGGGAGGGGGAGAGCAGAGAGAGAGCUACCUAGCAGCAGUAGGCCUAACAGAAUGAUCUGGAGAUAUAACAAAGCAUUAUUAAUACCAUCCUCCUUCUCACCUUGUCCUUUAGAUCACAACAAUGGAGGUUACUCAUCCAUGCAUGAAUGUAAUCCAUUAUCAGUUGUGAUACGUGCAGAGCAUGUGGUGGUGAGCAAUAGUCUGGUCAGGCAGGCAGUUCCUGCAGAGGAUAGGCGCCAAGGUGUUGAAUUUUAAUAGGUUUUUCAUCACUCGGGAGGUUAGAACACCUUACCUAUAAUGAGUUUAAGGACUUUUAUAACCGCCAAGGACACUUUGAACAUUGGUGUGGAGAUCAUCUUAAAAUAAAGGUGUUUAUACUGAAGGACUAGAGUGAAUGAUAAUGAGUGUAUCUCUCUCUUCUCCCUGCCGUGCAGUCUACCCUGCUGAUCCUGACUACUACGGUCGACCCACCCCCUUGGUCCAAGAGUACCCCCAGGUCCAGGAGUUUCCCCAGUUCGACAUUGUGGACGACACCUACGGUUCUGUAACGGAAUCAAUAGACUCACGUAGAAACUCUCGCUGCGGCGGAUUCCCGUUUCCCCUGGAGCGCUCUGACCGCCGCGCUCCCUUACCCCCCUGCUACAGUAACCAGAACCUGGAUGACUUCCUGGGGCCUGACGGUCUUCCCUUACCCAGCUCUCAGUGCCCCAACGAGUCCACUGCCAUCAGUUACUAUCCGACGCAACAUGCGCACAGCAUGGACAAUGUGUCGUCAGGCUUCCGGCGCCUCAGCAUGCGCCUCAGUGUUGCCAUGCCGUCCUAUGCUGACUGUAACUCCCCUCCUCCUCCCCCUCCACCCCAGCAGGCUGGGCAUGCAGGACGGAACUCUCCCUGCUACAACGGUUCUGAGAUGGUGGGGAGCGACUAUGGAAGCUGUGAGGAAGUCAUGUUCUAGAAUGUUUUAGAGUGUUCUAGUCUGGAACCCAGUGAAACUAAGUGAGAGUUACAGAUACAAUUCUCCCUAUCAGAGGUCUUUCAGGGAGAGACUGCAACGUUCUAUGAAAGAUUUGAGCCUUGAACAUUCUAUGGGGUGAAUUAAUUAUAUUCUCUAGUCAAUUCUUAGAAUGUCGCCAUAUAAUGUGAUUCAUUGGCAUCUAAGUGGGCUUGACAUUCUGUAGAGUAAAUGAAAGAGUCAUUCACCUUUUCUUCCUCAGGGUUGAACAGUAUUGCAGGAUUUCUAUCUGAAACUAUUACAACAAGGUCUUGCAACAAAGAUGUUCUGUACUAAAUGCUGCGGCAAUAUCAAACACUCACUCAUCUAGACCACUCUCUGAGGGAGAGAGACUGGCUUUGUAUAAAAAAAAAACGAAUUCCCAUAAGAAUGAAUGUCUACAUUUCAUGCAGGAAAUAGCUACAUUUCAUACAAUAAUAGCAACCAUAUAACUAAAAAGAUGUUGCAUAGAGUAAUACAGUUUCAAUGGAUGACCUCACCAUUCAGUACAGUAUGUAUGUAGUCAUAUGGAAUGCGUCUCAAAUGGCACCCUAUU